GGAACCUUGUUGCCUCCGCUUGCGUUACCGGGCCGGGAACGGUGACGCGGCACUAUUGGCGGUGCACAAGCUGGCUGUCAGGCAGGAGGCGGCGCUACCGGUGCCGGGGCAGGACGCGGGGUCGGGAGCGGUUGCGAGGACAUGGCGGAGACUAUUGUAAGUUGGGCUUGAGGUGGGGGGGUGAGAAGAGAAUGGGGCACGUGGGGUCACCUGUCGUCGUCCUAUCCCCCCCCCAGACAGACAGCCCUGGGUUGCCCCGGGUUCCCCCGACGUGAGGCCUGUGAGGGAACAGGAGGCGCCGCCGCUCCCUCCCUCCCUCCCUCUUUGUCAUGGUGAGGGAGGCGGCGAGUCUUGGGAGCGCCCCCCCCUGCCUCGCCCUGCCCCUGGAUCCCCACCCCAGUGGGGGGGGGGUGGCAUUGGCCAACUGGGUCUGAUUCCCCUCCAGCCUCUCCAUGCAGGUCCUGUGAAGGAGGCGGAAGAAUGAUUUCUCCGUGGGGGAUUCCUCGGCCCUUCUUUCUGAGAGAGGGGGGGCGGUCCGGCCCGGGCAUACUGGCACUGGCGGUCGCUUGCGUCCGACCUCCCCCAUCCCCCCAAAAUAACCACAACAACUUGGAAGUGUCAAGCGAUCCCUCUUCUGCUUUCACCAAAGGGAGGAGGAGUGCGGAAAAGACGGGGCACCGCAGGGCUAAGCCGCUUUAAUCUCAAUUUCUUCUUCUCUCCCCACCCACCCCCAAAGGGAGAGCAGUGGGAGCUGCAGUUCCCGAGGUUGGGGGGAGGGGCUGCGAACUAAAAAUUCCCAGCAGAGCACCAAACUACAAUUCCCAGAAUCCUCUAGGUGAAACCAUGACACUUCAGCUAGCAUAAAACUAAAAAAACAGCAUGCAUAUGCCUAGUUAGUCGACCUUAACUGCCGUCAAAAACCCGUGGAAGUGGGGAGCAUGUGUGGCCAAUGUGCAACCCAUGUGAACAUAGUUUCUGCGACAGCAACUGUUUUUUGUCUUUUUUUGCCUUCGGUUUAGUGAUCAUUUUAUUUCUCAGUGUCCAGGUUCAGUUGCUAUUUUUUCAAGAUCGAUGUGCUGUUGGGCUAUUUGGCGGCCUGCCUAAAAUGCAUUAUGUCUUGUGUGUGUGCAUGCGUGCAAGUGUGGGCAUAGGGAUGAGUGGGACCCUUAAUAUUUUUCAGAAUUAAGUAGGAGGCUAGCUCACAGGCUGUAAUUGUAAUUCUGUGCCUCGUGAGAUCAGUAACUCUUAAUGUAUGGUCAUAAAUAGCUGAGUUAUUUUCCACUUGAAGCUUUAGAUGCAUUUAUAUCCAUCUGACAAUACCCAGUUAGGUUGGGUACAAGGCAAAAAAACAACAACCCCUGGAUUUAACUUGUAGAAAAUUCAUAAGCGUUCUUGGCUUAGCUCCAGUUGUAGAAUGUCGGAGGAUUAUGUUCCUUACUGAAUAAGGGAAACUUAGUUCAUGCUAGAAUGUGGGAAUACUCCAGCGGUUGCCUUACAUUAAGUUGUUUUUGUGAAGAAGCCUUCACAUUGUUUUCCUCUGUCCAUGUGGACAAGGUGAGAAAUUAAUCCCUUCAAAUAUAAGUUGAGUUAAGGCACUUUUUAAUGGGACGAAGAAAGAAAAUUUAGGGUAUUAUUUGAAGCAUUUGAGAAAGAACAGAUUUAUCAUAAUGCCAUAUGCAACAUAGGAAGCUCUCUUGCACCGGGACAGUCUAUACUAGGCAAGUAUAAUCUACUCUUAAUUGGCAGCAGCUUUGCAGCAUCUUAGACAAAAACCUCUCAUGUUACUUGCUACUUGACCGUUUUUUAAUUGGAGAUACUACAGACGAAAUGCAGGACAUUCUGUGUGCAAAGCGUGUGCUCUACUUGUGUGCUCCACCUCCUUCCUAUAGAUGUUUGAAGACUCUGAUUGUUCCAUAAGAGCACACACGUCUGAAGGUUGAAUUACAUAUAGUGUGGGUGUAUCCCUCCCUAUAGUGCAUAGAGAUUAAUAUCACAUAGGCAUGAACACAUAAUCAUGAGAAACCAUGGGCAGCUUGAAAUGCUUUCUUUUGAAUUAUUAGGUCACUAGUACUCAGUUUUCUCAACAGCCUGGUCCUGUGAAGUUUCAGGUGUAUGUAACUGCAUAGGAUCGGACAGCACAAGUUAUAGUAAUGUGCGUGUGUUAGCUAGACGUAGCUUAUGCCAAUGUUAACAAAUUGUUGCCAGUAUCUGUGAUAAUCGUGACCAUAUGUAUCAAUAUUCAUUAAUUGUCCAUAUAAGUAAACAAUUGUUGCCAGUAUCUGUGAUAAUCUUGACCGUAUGUAUCAAUAUUCAUUAAUUGUCCAUACAAGUAAACGAGGCAGGGCCUUCUUUGGGCAUUUUUGGCAUGCAGUCAGAGCCUUCAGUCUCCAGAGCGAGACUGUGGUGUGGUUUUAAUGGCAUUCUAGUUAAACCUGUUUUUGGUAGGGUUAGAUCAUCCACUUUGAUUGUAGCUAAACGGAAUGUAAAUGCCACUGUUUAACCUGCUUAAGAGGUAGGUUGUUUAUGUAGUAUUCUUUGUGGCAAUUAAAUGCCCCACUUGGUUGCUGACACCUGGUUUUCAGUGUAAACCAAGUUUUAGCAGUAGAACUGAGUCAGCAUAGUUUUCAGUAGGAAGUGCAAAUCACAUGAAAGACUUGACAGACAAUAAUUUUGGGGAAAUGCUCUUGCUGGGGCUUCUCUCAAAAUUAUCUGUCCUUGCCUGUCUAGGAAACAGGGUAGUUUCCCUGCUUGUAAAGGAUUCUAAUGCAUGUCACUAUUAUAAGAUUCUGACUUACAGGUGGCUUUUAAUAUUGGCAGGUUUCUUGGUUGAUAUUCUCUGUACUUUGGGCCAUCUGCUGAGGCAGCUUAUCUGCCUAUCAUCAUCAUCAUCAUCUGGACACUGCAACCUUUCAGUUUCAAAAACCUUUAAGGUUACUUUUCUAAAGCUACACAGCAAGCAUUUUAAAAGUGUCUUCUAAUAGUCUUUCAUAUUUGUUACCACGAUAGAGGAAUACUACAGUUUCAGAGUAAUUAUGGACAAAUGCUAUAUACUGUAUUAUUCAGAUCCAUUUUUCUCUCUAUGUAUGAUUGGCGUGUUAACACCCACAAGGUGAGUGCUGGUUGCUAUUCUGUGUGCCAUCUACACCAAUGGGUGGAGCUUUGGGGAAUGUAUCCUGCCUUUCGGACAGGGGCUUUCCACUCAAAUCAUUAUUUGCCUGCCUCUGCUACUUGUUUCUAAUUUGGGCAUGCACUUUCUGUAGUGCAUGUGCACACUUUGGGAGGGGGAAAAAUAAUCACGGAAGUGCACCGGCGCAAACAUUACUAGCUCUUAGUUGUCAUAUGUCCCAAUAAAUUAAAUAUAGGCUUUCACUUUUUUGGAAGGUGGGAUGCAGGGUUAUACAUUCCCAUUUGGUUUUAAUUUGAAAAUAUAGGGAGGCCUUGAACAUAAGUGGCAUUUAGCUAUGUUAAACUGCUAAUUGAUUCGAAGGACAAGGUGGGGUGUGUGAAUAAAAAACAAAACAAAAUCCCAUAUCCAUAAGAUGCACAACUGCACAUUACUCCCCUCCAAAAAAAAGUACUGCAGUGUGGAAUACGGGACAUUCUGAUAAAGAGGUCUUACCUAAUUCUGUGUAAUUCUCUUAAAAAUAAAUAAGUUAUUUUAGAUGUACAAAAAAGAAAACACAAAUCCAUUAACAAUGUUUACAUAUGGUAGGUGCAUCAGUGGGAUGGAGCAGGCUGACUCAAUAGUUACCAUUUUUUUAAUAAAAAAAAAGAUCCCAGUGUAUGUAUCAUGAUCUCGGAAGUAAUUCCCACAUUUACUGUGUGAAAAUAGUGAGCGAAUUGAUCCUGCAAACUGUGUGUGCCUUCAGCAUGUGGCAGUCUGAGGGAACAGAGGUCUUUCAUUUAGGCUGGUGGAAGCAUAACAGUUAAGUUGUGUUCCAAUGAGCAAAUGGAAAAUAUGGGUUUGGUCACCAUGGACUGCUAGACACAUGACAAACCACCCAUCCAAAAAUGCACCAGUGAGCUUCCACACCAGCAAUGACUGCAGUUUUUAUAACUGGCUAUUUUUACUUACUGAAUUUUCCAUGGUAAGGGAAAAUCUGGAUUCAACAAAGAAAAAGUAUAGGCUGGCAUUUUGAUGGCAGCAGUGACAUGUGGAUGCUGUGAAAAGGUGUGUGUAUCUCACUUAUGAGAGUGUGACUUACUUCUCCCUAUUCCCCCAGUAAAUUCCCAUCUGGAAACACCCACAAGUUUGAAGGUGAUUUUUCAAAUGGAAAAGAAAAGACCUAUUGCAUGAUGUUGAAAUUCAGGGUUAGGCCUGGAAUUGUUGGGCGUGACUUGGUCUUAGUAUUAGUCAUUCUGCUUUCACUCCAGAGUGGAAUACUACAGAGAGUCACUGCAUGUUUACUGUCAAGUAAGUUAUAUUGAAUUCAGUGGGACUUGCUCCCAGGCAACAUGCUGCUUUGUCAUGUUGGAUUUUGCUUGGUAAUAAAAGCAAACAUCAGAAAAAUUGAAUGUUAAAACAGUGUUACAAAACCACAUUAUGUUUAUAUACUUAAAACUCAUAGAAAGUAUCAAGGUGGUGCAAAACAGUAUGUGCCAGUACAAUAAAAGAUAAAACACUAUUCAAACAAUGCAAGAUAUAUGCCCUAACUGUAUGUGUACAUUUAAAACAUGGGCAGAACAAUCUAAAGAGGGUGAAUGAGGAAGUACCCAAGACAGAGGAACCACCAAAUCCAAAGCCCUGUCAGGUUUAUGCCAACAGAAUAAAAAGCAAUGUUUGUUUCCUUUCCUCUUUCCCUUUCUGCAGUCUUUUAAAAGACAAAUCCCUUCCAUUGGUCCCAGUAGAUGGGAAAAUAAGUACCGUAUUGGCCCGAAUAUAAGCUGCACCCGAAUAUAGUCAUACCUCUAGUUACGUACCACUCUGGUUUCGUAACUUUCAGGUUAUGAACACAGCAAACCUGGAAGUGUUUCCUUCCGGGUUCGCCGCACAUGCAGAAGUGUUCUGCGUGCUUUGCGCAUGCACAGAAGCAAUCUGCAGUAGCAGCCCUUUACUUAUGGACUUUUCGGGGUGCAGGCGGCACCCUGGAACGGAUCACGUUCGUAAGUAGAGGUACCACUGUAUAAACCACACCUUUAAAAUUGGAGGUGAAGAAAGAAGAAACACCCAAAUAUAAGCUGCUCCCUUCUUCACUGGCUGCAUACUGGGUAGGGUGGGAGAGCCGUGCUGUGUUGCCGGCAGCCUUUCCCCAUCCUUCCUUCCUCGCUUUCUCCCUUCCUGGCCUUGGGGGAAGGGGAGACUUUGCCAUGCUCCUGGAGCCAUUUGCCCCGCACUCCUGGCUGCAUACUGUAAGGUCACGAAUAGCAGCCGCACUUUAUUCAUGGUUGAAAUUGGGGGUGGGUGGGAGUGAGGCUUAUAUUCUGGCCAAUACGGUAUAUUGGAACCAGAGCCAAUGUACUCACCCCGUCCCUGUUCUGUGUGUGUUGGGAACAGAAGGAACUUGGAUCCAGCGCUUCCCUCAACAUGCUCACCUCCUACAUGAUGGGGGAGACAGCUGCAAAAAUUUCCAUGACUGCAGCAUGGAGACAUCCAUGCUCCACCCACCAAGAGGCAGACCUCUUGCUCCACCCAUGGAGAGGUAGAUCCACAAAAUCCUGUGACCUCUAGGUUACCUGGGAUAGCUCUCCAGCUGAGGUUGCCCUUCAUUUUUUCACAGGGCAAAAUUGCAAAGGGAUAUCAGAUUAUUUUUCUUGACCUCUACAGUGGUACCCCGCAAGACGAACGCCUCGCAAGACGGAAAACCCGCUAGACGAAAGGGUUUUCCGUUUUGGAGGCGCUUCGCAAACCGAAUUUCCCUAUGGGCUUGCUUCGCAAGACGACAGCCCAUAGGGAAAUCUCAGGGACAGCGGGAAGCGCAGCGCGUCUUCCCCACUGUCCUCGGACCUCCUCCGAAGCCUGGCGGCGGGGCGGGGACACCUCCUCCCGCCGCCGCCGGGCUCGGAAGGCUCCUCCGAGCCGGGCGGGGGGAGGGAACACCUGCCGCCGCCGCCCGGCUCGGAACGGUGCUCCGAGCCGGGCGGGGGGAGGGAACACCUGCCGCCGCCGCCCGGCUCGGGACGGUGCUCCGAGCCGGGCGGGGGAGGGAAGACCUCCCGCCUCUGCCCGGCUCGGAACGGUGCUCCGAGCCGGGCGGUGGGGAGGGAAGACCUCCCGCCGCCGCCCGGCUCCGGAACGGUGCUCCGAGCCGGGCGGGGAGGGAACACCUCCCCGCCGCCCGGCUCGGAACGGUGCUCCGAGCCGGGCGGGGGAGGGAAGACCUUCUGAAGGCGGGCGGGGGCGAAGUCUUUGCUCCCCCUGCCUGCCUGUCCCGGAGGGCUUUUGAAGGCGGGGAGCAAGACUUCGCCCCCGCCCGCCUUCAGAAGAGGUCCAGGACCUCUUCUGAAGGCUGGCGGGGGCAAAGUCUUUGUCCCCCUGCCUGCCUUCCCAGGGGCUUUAAAUUGCCCCGGACAGCGGAGAAGUCCUCCGCUGUCCCGGGGUGAUUUUAAAUGCCGCCCGCCAGCAUUUUAAGAUCGCCCGGACAGCGGAGAAGUCCUCCGCUGUCCCGGGGUUUUAAACUGCUGGGGGGGGGAAGAAAAGCCCUUGCCCCCCCCCCCAGCCUUCAGAAGAGGUCCGGGGACAGACUGUCCCCGGACCUGGUCUGAAGGCGGUUUCCUAGGAACGCAUUAAUUGAUUUUCAAUGCAUUCCUAUGGGAAACCGUGCAUCGCAAGACGAAAAACUCGCAAGACGAAGAGACUUGCGGAACGAAUUAAUUUCGUCUUGCGAGGCACCACUGUACGUAUGAAAGCUUCAGAAGUGUAAAACAAGGCAGCAGUGCUUCAGGCCCAAGAUUACCUUCCUAGGGACAAUUACCUUGAGCUGUUGUUUUCCCAGAGUAGAUAGCUGCCUUUCUUUUUCCAUCUCAAGAGAUUGCUCCAUUGUUGUAUGCCCCAUAGGACUUGCAUGAUUUAAUGCACUAUACUGCUGUGGUGUUUGAACUCUAGCUGCGAUUGGCCCUGCCACCAUAUGCAGUGGUCAGAAAUGAUGGAAGUCGUAGUUCAUCAGCAUCUGGAAGGCCAGUUUCCCCACCCCUUGUGCUAAAAUGAGAGCCACUGGCAGUUAAUGAUGCUACUUGAUGUAAUUUUUUUUCUGCUGUGAGAACAGCCUGAAAACUCAUGAAUGUUUAUUGCUGAGCUUGUAUAUAAUUCCUGCUGUUUUUGAUUUGUAAACUCAGUCUCUAUCAGGAAAAUAACUUAGAAACCUAUUAUUGUGUGUCUUUAAAAAAGAUAAUAUGAAAAUGCUUUAGAUUUUACUAUUCCACUUAUUCCUCUUCCUGCCAGUUAUAUGUUCCUGCAUUAAAUUUUGUAUUACUGUCCUCUUAAGGACUUUCAGGCUGCAUUUGUGCUGGUUUAUUUCCUACAUUUAAAAGCCAGUUCUCUAUGUUCAGCCUCUUUCCCCCAAAAACUCAGAACUUCACAGUUUUAUUUUAUUUCUAAUUUUCUUCAAAACCUUUGCCAUUCUUAAUAGAUAAUUCGUGUCCAAUCACCCGAUGGAGUGAAACGCAUCACAGCAACAAAGCGGGAAACUGCUGCAACGUUUCUGAAAAAGGUAUUCUAGCUUGGCAUCGUCUUUGCUGUUCUUCUAAGGAAGCAACAAUAGAAUCAUAGAAUCAUAGAAUCAUAGAAUCAUAGAGUUGGAAGAGACCACAAGGGCCAUCGAGUCCAACCCCCUGCCAAGCAGGAAACACCAUCAGAGCACUCCUGACAUAUGGUUGUCAAGCCUCUGCUUAAAGACCUCCAAAGAAGGAGACUCCACCACACUCCUUGGCAGCAAAUUCCACUGUCGAACAGCUCUUACUGUCAGCCAGUUUGUGCACCUGCUCUUUAGGCUUUGGUUGGAUUUACCCAGAAGCUUUCUUUGACAAUGAUUUACCAUAAUUAGAAGAGAGUAGUGAUGGCUUUGUGGUUCAACACACAUCACAGAAGAAGCUAAUCUUUCCAAAAUUAAACUCCAACACCUUUUGGUUGGAAACCCACAUUUGAAACUUUUAUCAAAGCCUAACCUUGGUACAUUGUAAAAUGUCACCAGUGCUGUUUCAAUCAGAUGAGUAUUUAAAAAAACACAAUGAAAACCUUUUGAUGGCAGAGGAUCAGAUGUAGUGGUUCAAUACACCAGGCACUUACAAGCAGUGUGGUGGCCUCUGUGUUUAUGCUUGCUUCUUUGGGGACUAGUGGGAUUGAUUUGUAUGCUCAUAAGCCAAAACAGUGACUGUAGUGCAAAAUUCAUCUGUUAGUUGGGAACCUCUUCCAUAAUUUAGUUGCCAAGCAAAAUAAAUCAGAUGUCUUCAUGCAGCCUGAGUCUUUAGUCCAAAGCAUCUAUGCCAGGAAUUGAGUUCUAUUGAAUCCAGUGGAACUUGAGCAAAAAUGGUUUCGGAUUGGACUUAAUUGUAUGGCUGCCUUUUUAACUGAAAUAUCACCAAAGUGGUAUGUAACAUAAACAAUAUUUCAUUUCCAAACACUACUCAGCAAUAAAAUUUAUGCUCAAUAUAAACUUCAUAAAAACGGCCUAAAAUUGCAAUGCAACUGAAACCAAAACCAUAAGUACUGUAAUUCAGAUUUUCACCUAUAGAACCUGUACAGUGGCAUACGUCAAAAUUCAGGGAAGAUCUUCCAGUAGGCAAGGACCCACAAAUACACUUGCAAGUGCCCCAUUUUUAUUUAUAUUUUGCUCUAUCAAGAGGAUGACGUUGGAGAGGGUCUCCACUGUUGUUCUUGGAGAAGUUUGAGGACAGUCCGUGGCUCCAUGAUGACUCAGAAGCAUGGAAGAAUGGCAGAGGCUCUUUCUGAGACUGCCCUGUACCACAAUGAUCCUUGGAAAACCCUGAAAUUUCCUGCUGCUUUCUCAGCACCUGAGGCUUACUGCAGUGGGGUUAAGCUCUUAGCCCUUUUUCAGCAGGGGCUCUUCCCCACCUCCAUUGUACUAAACUUUGUUACCCACUGCCAAUGGAACAAGUUCUUUUUAUGGGAAGUGGCUAGGUGAAACCCCACUGAGAGCAAAUUCCAUAAUGCAAGACUGGCCUUUCUUACACUGAGCUCCAUUUUCAAAGUCGAAUGGCUGAUUCGGACGACUGUUUAAUUUAUAACCAUCUUAUCAGCUCUAAUGGGGUUUAUUUUGUGCAUUUGCCAGAGUUGCAAUAAGGUACUUUGCCUAAUUACCUAUACAACUAAACAACAGAUUAUGUUUCCACAGUAAUUCCCAUGUACUUUUACCCAUGAACAGGAAGAGUUGAAAGAUCUUGGUGACAUUUUCCUCUUCUAAUCUGUAUUCUACUUUCAUUUAGAAAUUUCUUUUACCAGGUUUAAACAAAUGGGAGUGCACCAAUUGGGCUUGCCUGCUCCCUGUUUUCCGGAGUGAAAAUUAUUCCCUGAAAUGGGCCUAACCCUGUUUCAGCAUUGACUUCAACGCUAAUUGCUGACAAGUGUAGCUUAAUUUGAAAUUUCCACCCAUACAAUGUCUACAUAAUAUGUAUUGUGGAUUCUGUGAGUGUACAUUUCAGAUAUUUCCGCUUCCACUUUUGUGUAAUAAACUCCAUGUGGAGAUGACAUCUGAGACUUGUGUUGUAGGGAUAAACAUACUGUAACUGUGUGAGAUUUCUGCUAUAGACAUUAUGUUCUCUCUUUUUUCUAGGUUGCAAAAGAAUUUGGCUUCAGAAAUAAUGGAUUUUCUGUGUACAUCAAUAGAAACAGGACUGGUGAGAUCACAUCAUCUCCCAAUAAGUCCCUCAACUUAUUAAAAAUCAAGUAAGUACUUUGCAAAAGACAUGGAGCCACUGUUGGACUAUAGUAGGCUCUGUUUCUGUUUGGGCAAGGCCAGUCAGAUUUCUUGACAGUGCCUGUCUUGGCAACUGAACAAAAAUACCCACUCUAAUAUUCCCUAUGUGGUGUCAUCUGUCCUGUUUAUGUCUAUGGGUUUAGAUGAAGCAGAUCUCUUGAAUUGAGAUUUUGAAAGAAUUAUGAGGUACUACUUAGUAACCGAUUCUAAUAUGUUACAGUGCAUUAAUUCUUUUUUGACCCCAAACAUUGUUUUAAUCCAUUUCUUUCUUUGUUUACAUGCACUUGGUCUAGAAAGGAGAUGGAAGAGCUGGGCUGCUUCUGCUGCACAAUUUUUCCUUGGAUACCUAAUUUCAUGAUACAGUGGUACCUUGGUUUUCGAACGUCUCCGUCGACGAACAUUUCGGUUUUCAAAUGCCGUAAACCCGGAAGUAAAUGUUUCGGUUUUCGAACUCACCUUGGAAGUAGAACAGGCCACACGGCUUCCAUAUUGAGUUUUCUGUAUUGUGUUUUCAGUUUUAGAACAUUUCAGAACUCGGAACGGUCUUCCAGAACGGAUUAUGUUCGAAAACCGAGGUACCACUGUACUAGUUAAAAUAAAAUGGAUUUUAGAAUACUAUAUGCUCAAUAUCGUAAGAACCAAAUUUGGAAGGUAUGUUGCUUGCCCUCUAAUGGCAAUGCUGGAUCUAUUGGACCCUUCAGCUUGGAUACAGACGCGGGGGUCCCGUUCCUGGCCCCUGUGUGUGUUGGCGGAGCAUGCAUAAACCCUGCCCCGUUCUGCCCUCUUCCACAUCUAAAAGGUACACACAUGUUGUUGGCAGUCAUGAUAGCAAUUGACAACAAUUAAAAAAGUAAUAAUUAUUAUUCUGAUAAAAUUUAAAUGGGGUAGAGCAGAACUAAUUCCCAGCAAAACAAUGAAGUUCUCACUUGUUUGUAAAAAGCCAGCAGGGAGGAAGCUGUUUCAUUUCCCUUGGAUGGAUGUUCUAUUUAAGGGCAGGUGACUAAUUGGCUCCUCUGUUAGCUUUUCCUUUUCUUUUUUAAUUGCCUUUUGCUUUGGAACGAAAAAGCAGCUGAACAGCAGCCAGAUGCACCUAUGUUUUCUUUAAUUGCAUGAACUCUAAUGGAUAAGUCUCCUGCUUGUAGGCUAAUUUGUGGCUUAGCAAUAAGUUUCCUAGCUGUUCCUGGUAGUUUGCAGAGUAUGGCAUGCAGUCUUCAUGGUUUUUUUCACUUAACAUUACAUCCAGUCUGACGCCUCGUGCAUUCAGGUUUACAUGGGUUGAAUAAUGAGCCCAUUGGAAAUCUGUGCUUACCCACUUUUGUUUAGAAAUGUAGUAGAAGCAGCAACAGCAGUAAUAUUUUACCAUCAUCCUGGAACGAUAUUGUCAAGUAGGUAAACCAUUUUACAGAUAAAAGCAGAACACCAAAAAACAUUGUUUUUAGUAAUAAAACAAUCCUAUUGUAGCAUCUCGGACUUCCUGACUGUAACUGUCUUCAUUACAGUUAAUAUAAUAAAGAAUUAAAAAUAAACCCAGAAAAUAAAAAUAUUAAUAAUAAAGUAAUUUCAGUGUCAUUAAAGGAAUUGCAGACUAUACUAUUGCCUUAGAGUCAGGAGUAAUUUUGACUGCAUUCAAAGAAAGAGUUUGCAGUAAAUUAAUUUUGUCUUUGACCCAUCUCAUCAGAUCUCAGAAAAGACGUCAAUUUUGACAUUAAAAUGAAUUUCCAACCUUGAUCCAUUCAUUGAUAUUAAUUACUAAAGGGGACUUCCAUUUCUGCACAAGCAGCAUUAUUCCAGGAACUGUCAUGUUUGAAACUAAUUCUGUAUGUAUUCUAUUAGAUAUUUUGUGUAAUUUAAUCAUAAUAAUAGAAUGGUAUUUCAUAUCCCAAUACACUGGUUGUUUUCUGACUUUUUUGCAGUAAGCUACAUUUCCAUCACAUAUGAAAAUGGUCUCCUGGUUCCUUCCUACACCUCCAACACAUUUUUGCAUUGUUUCUAUUUUGCUUAACAUCACAGGACUUAAAUACCAGUAUUGCCUUACAGUAGUUUCCCCUUAUUGUUAUAGUCUAUGAGAAUCUCUGGCAUAAAACCCAGACUCUCACGGUGAUAUUGCUACCAACACCUUGCACCACUAACCCAAGCACAUUAGUUCACUUGCUCAAAAACAGUUGAUAUUUUCUGGAUAGUAGCCUUUUCCAAGUGCACGUAGCUUCUUAUUUUUUAUUAUUUUAUCUAAAUAGAGCACUCCUUCUCCAGUUCUUAAAGCUGUGGUCUGAGUCUGCUAAGCUUGGAUGUUUCUGUUUAGGAGAAGAAAAGUUAGGCUUGGUGUAGCAAGGUUUUUUCCAGAACCCUGGCACAGAGCCGGCUCAGCUAUUAGGCAGACUGAGGCGACUGCCUCAGGUGGCAGAAGCCCGCAAGGUGGCAGAAGAGAGACUGGAACAGAAGAGACACUGGAAGCAGCUGAAAUUGUGCAAGAUCUUGUUGAGCGUGCAAGAUUUCAGCAAGAUCUUGCCUGAAAUUGGUGCUGUUUAUCUGCCAGCAGUGAAGGUGGCAGGGCAGGCAGAGAAGCAGCAGCAGCAGUAGGUAUGGUGUUGGCAGCAGGAGAGCAGGGCAAGAUGACACUUCCCGCUUUGCCUCAAGCAGCAAAAUGGGAUGUGCUGCCCCUACCCUGGCGAAUAGCCUUCCCCCUGUCUGCUGUUCUUGGUAGCCUAUCAAUAACGAUAGAAGGGAAUGUGCUGUUUAGAAGGAGAAUCUGGAAAAGCUUUUAUGUUUUCCAUGGCUUCUCAGUUGUUCCAUCCCUGAUUGGGGAGGAGAGAUGGGAACAUCUUUAAAAUGUAGCACAGGACAGAAGUUGAGUGAUUGCGCUCUGUUGGCUCAUCUUGGGGAAACUGCAUCACCGAAAACCACGUCUUUAAAAAAGCAGCAUCAUUGAUUGGCGUGAAUUAGAAAGAAACAUCAUGCAGAGAACCAAAGAUUCUUUUAAGAUUGCAGUCCUCUGCACACGUACUUGAGCACAACUAGAUUUAACUUCCAAGUUAGCAUGCACAUGAAUGCUCUGUAACUGAUGCAGUGGUACCUUGGGUUACAGACGCUUCAGGUUACAAACUCUGCUAACCCAGAAAUAGUACCUCGGGUUAAGAACUUCGCUUCAGGAUGAGAGCAGAAAUCACAUGGCGAUCACGCGGCAGCAGCGGGAGGCCCCAUUAGCUAAAGUGGUGCUUCAGGUUAAGAACAGUUUCAGGUUAAGAACGGACCUCCGGAACGAAUUAAGUUCUUAACCCGAGGUACCACUGUACUGAUUUAGGCUGGAUUCGGAGCUCCUGCUUGAGGAAAGGUGGGAGCAUUUCCCCCCCUUCAGCCCCCUGUGCCCCCCGAAAAGUUGCUCUGAAGGGUUAGAAGGACCAUUCUACAGGGGACUACAAGGGGAAGGGAAUGGGUAAAAAAAUGUCUCCCUUCUUCCUCCAGUAGGAGCCUUCAUAAGACCUUAAUCCUUCUGGAUUAGAAAAAGCCCUUCCCUUUGCAGAAGGGACACUCUAGAUCCAACCCGUAAUGUAUAGUGUUAAUGUCAAGACUGUAGAACAGGCAGGUGGUCCCCCAGGCCUCUGAAUCUGGGCUCCUGUUCUCACGUAAGCCAUACCCUCUUACCCCUAGGCUCUACCCCACCAGUCCUGUUCCAUGGUGAGUGGCCAUGCAGGAGAAAACAGCUUCCUGUAAGGACCACUUAUGGGACGCGGGUGGCACUGUGGGUUAAACCACAGAGCCUAGGACUUGCCGAUCAGAAGGUCGGCGGUUCGAAUCCCUGUGACGGGGUGAGCGCCCGUUGCUCGGUCCCAGCUCCUGCCAACCUAGCAGUUCGAAAGCACGUCAAAGUGCAAGUAGAUAAAUAGGUACCGCUCCGGCGGGAAGGUAAACGGUGUUUCCGUGCGCUGCUCUGGUUCGCCAGAAGCGGCUUAGUCAUGCUGGCCACAUGACCCGGAAGCUGUACGCCAGCUCCCUCGGCCAAUGAAGUGAGAUGAGCGCCGCAACCCCAGAGUUGUCCGCGGCUGGACCUAAUAAUGGUUAGGGGUCCCCUUACCUUUACCUUAAGCACCACUUGGUUUGUUGCUGUGCACUGAGCCUUCUGCUUGAGCCCCUUUCUCAGUGAGAAAGCCAAGCUAAGAAAUGAUAGUGAAUAGUGUGUGUGCACAUGCAUGAUAGAAAAUGGAGUGUAUGUGUGAUUUGGCCCUGCCCACUUUCCCCCAAGAAAACCCUGCUUUGCCGGUGUGUGAAAAGGAUUCCACACCCUGCUAUGAGUUGCCCAGGCUCCCCGCACCAAGUUCAUCCCAGCUGCAUUCCUGUCUGUCUGCAAAUAUGGGGAAGAAGGUCCGUGGGAGUCAUUCUACCUGUGUUCCUUUCCUUUCUGUACAUUGUGAUUGCCGGCACCAAGAAGGUAGGGAGCAAGCAGAUACGUGAUGGGAUCACUGAAAUCCAUUGCGUGACUCCCAUUUGCCCAUGUGAGUGUCUGGCUUCUGUAUACGCGGCCCGUCAUUUCCCACCCGGUGCAGCCCUUGGAGCCAAUAUGGCGAAUGUGUAGGCUUCACAUAAUUGCUUGUGAAUUAUCGACACUGAGGCACUGGGGUGGGGUGGUACCUAAGUAUGAAAGUGGUGUUCAUUUUCAUAAUUGAAAUUUCAUAAUUUCCAUUUUCCCCAGAGUGGCUGGGGAAACUCAGACAGAUGGGUGGGGUAUAAAUAAAUUAUUAUUAUUAUUAUUUGGUAAUGGUUUUGUCACAUUUUUGUCUCCAAUUAUAGGCAUGGGGAUAUGCUGUUUCUCUUUCCCUCAAGUCCAGCUGGCUCUUCCUCUGAGAACAUGGAUACGUCAUCGAUGUCUCAAGGAGUUCGCCCUCUAGGUGUUCCCCAGGUGGUAGAAGAUGAAAUUGACCAGUACCUAAUAAAACAAGAUGGAAAGAUUUACAGGAACAAAGAUCAGCAACAGUAAAUACCAUUGCACUUUCUCUCUGGACUUUAUAGAGCAGUUCUCAAAGUUGCAUAAUAUUACACGGGGACAUUUACUGUUAUAAGCUUUUCCAAACCUAAUUAAUGUCAAUCCAUGCGAUUCACCUUGCAGCACUCACUCUUCUCAGAUUGCUGGCAAGCAGGUCAUAUGAAAAGGGGCCAGGGAAGUGGCUGUAUGGGUCUAUUUCAAGGUUCUUUGUCAGGGGACAGAACUUGGGGAAUUUUUUUUUUUAAGGUGAGGAUUGCUGCAUUGAUAUCUAGCCCAGAUAGUGAACAUAGUGGUAGGACAUCGUUAAGAAAGCCAGCCUCGCAGUUUGAGAACCCUUGUGAAAAAGCUACCAGUUCUGUCUCUGUGCUGUCCAAGCUGUAAAUUAGUUGUUUAUACCACAGCGGUUGUAUGACUUGACUCAAUGAUAUUUUAUUUAUUAGAUUGAUAUACCGCCCUUCAUCAUAAGAUCUCAGAGCGGUUCACAGAAUAAAAUACCAGAUAAAAACAAGCAAAUAAGUAAAACACAACAGCAAAACAAUAACCCCCCUUCCCACGAAUGCAUUUAAAAGGCUAUACUAUAGAAUAUUAAUCAACCAAAGGCCUAGUUGAAGAAGAACGCUGGCGCCUGGUACCUCGAAAUAUAUAAUGAAGUCGCCAAGCGAACCUCCUUGGGGAGAGCAUUCCACAAACGGGGAGCCACUACAGAGAAGGCCCGUUCUCGUGUUGCCACCCUGGAGGAGGCAGCACAUGAAGAAUGGCCUCGGAUGAUGAACGCAGAGUCCAGGACAGUUUUAUCUGGGGAGAGUUGGUGCUUCAGGUAUUGUGGCCCCCAGCUGUUUCAAUACAUACUGUUACCCAGUCGAUACAGAAUUUGCAAAAGUUAUAUCAUGUAGCAUGUUAAUGGACGACCCCCAUCCCACCCCAAUAAUAAAUAAACCAUCUGUAAUAUUGUAAGGUAAUGCGUAUGGUGCUGCGACAGCCAAUUACUCUUGCACAAAAAGUGUUACGGUUUUGGAGAACAAUGAGAUGACUAGCCUUGCUAGUCGUCGUCACACUCAUUUGAAGUUUGUUCAAAUGCUGAUGUUUCUAUAAAUACGAAAAACAAUAAAACUUGCAUUACAGAAAGGCUGUGUGUAUAUUUAGUUGUCGCUUCAAAGAAGCUGUGAAAAUGGAACCCAGUGCACAGAGUAGCAGGCGUCAUGAUUCUAGAGUCUCUGCCUGGUUUUAUGUCUUUGUCUUUAUGCUGCCUUUUUUUCUUUGAGUUGAAAUAGCCACAUACCUACAGAGUUGUCACAGGUUUUGUCAAUUAUGUUGAGACUCUAGCUUAGAGUUGCCAUGUAUUUCCUUUAUGGAAGCUUUAAAGAAGCUUGAAACGCUCAGCUCUCAAGAGGAAUAUUGAAGACGUCCCGUGGUUUGACCUGUGACUGGGAAGGGACAUUGUGACUACCUGUUGGCCGCUUGUUCACUGUAACGAUCAUCCUAUUGGUAGUAACUCGCAGAAGAGUUGGACUUAAAAUUUAAAAAUGGCAUGGUUCAAUUUAAAAUGUAAUAGCUCAGUUUUGCCCCUUUAUAUGACCUUGCGUACACGUGAAUCAUUGCUUCGGUGAAGAUCAAAAAGUGGAAGCCCUUGAAUAGUGAACUUUUGUCUAGACAUUUUUAACAGCAGUUCAGUGAUAAAAAUUGUGCUCAUAAAACCAUCAAAGGCAAAAUUCUCUGCUCUUUUGUUAAGAGGCUAUGCCUAACUUUUCCUACAUAUAUUCCUGGAGAAUGUAUUAUGUUGUUGCUAGCAAUAGCGACAGACUAACAUUUAUUAAGGAAGGAACCAACAGUGAACCAAGAAACUGAUUCUUAGAAGGCUAUAUGAGUGCUGAGCGCUAGAGCCGUAUUUCAUUGAAUGAGGAUGCACUGCCUAGUGUUUCUCAUUAUCCUUUAUCAGCUGGUAUACACUGCACCUGUCCUAAAAAAAAUAGCCAAUCUGUGUAUUACAAAAAACUAUGGUGUCUUAAUUCAGCGCUCUAAAUAAUCAGUUUCUGAUACCUGGUGGUGAAAAUUAAAGCUAGAUGAUACAGUAAUUUAAUUAGCAGGUGUAGGCUUCUCUGCUAUGUUAAUGUCUGACCAUUAUGAUGAUUAUUAUUUUUAAAGCAGACUUGCUACUGGUUUUUCCAGUUACUUCUUUUAAAUUUGUUAACUCCGUAAAAAAUGUAUGAAAACUUCAGAGUGCUUUUCGGCUGCUAGGGAACAUGGUUGUUGACUUUUGUUUCUCUUUACACAGAUGUCGACAUGGCCCGCUGGGCAAAUGUGUGCACUGUGUACCAUUAGAGGUAAGGAGUAAAACUGUAGCUGCUAUGGUAAUAUUUUACUUGUUAAAAUGUCCCCCCCCCCCGAAUAUAGUUGCUUUAAUGGCAGCAAUUGAGAGGACGCUGCUGAAACAUUAAUGUGUCCUGUCUGUGCUGAUAAUGGCCAAAGAGGCUGAACAAGUCCCUUGGAUAUAUCUUGUCUGAGCAGUACUUGCAUUUAUCAGGCUUUUGACAUCUGUUUUUCUGCAGUAGUGGAUUGAGCAGGCUAUAUCACUAAAUGCUCAAGCAAAGCUCUCUCUCCCCCUGCCCUCACUAAAUUUGUGUGCACUUUGCUUUCUUGGCAUUAUGGAUUUUCCGUUCGUUUGCAGAGGUGCACCUCAGAACAACUUGUGCUGUAUUCUUAUAUACUGCAACAGUUCUGAUUAUUAUUUCCUUUCUCAGUUGUGUAGAGAUCUUCCGAUAGAGACAAACGGGGACACAUUCACCUGUGCCAGAGUUCUCCAGGCAUGCUUGAUCAGUUAGCCUUUAGCUCUGCCAGUUAAAAAGAAGAAGACUAUUCUACCCAUGAGACAGGUUGGGUUUCUGAAGACAUUUUGAGUGGGGCUAACACUUCUACUGUCUGGAGAAAGGCCUCCACCAUUCUUGUCAGGCUAGUAACAGCUGUGGAAAAGAAGCACAAAGCUUUCUGAUUCUUUCCACAUUGAAUGCUAGCAAAGGAGUUCGGACAAAAACAUCCAUUUGUUCAGUGAUCAAUGUGUUAUCAAGUAGGUGUCUGACCUGGUUUUCCUUUAUGCAUUUCUUUUUUUGGCAGCCUUUUGAUGAGGAUUAUUUAAACCAUCUGGAACCCCCUGUGAAGCAUAUGUCAUUCCAUGCCUACAUCAGGAAACUGACCGGAGGCGCAGACAAGUAAGAAACUUGCACCUUUUCUUCAGAGAAAACUCUUUAUAGAUGAUAAAACAGAAUGUGAAAAUCCUUAAGAUUAUUUAUAGCCGGGGAAACUAAUUCACUUCAAGCAGUGGCAAAACGGUAAUUUUCAAAACAGUUUUGCAGAGGGGAGGAAAGAUUGAGAACUUCGUAGUUAUUUCCCUCCCUUGAUCAGCAGAUCUUUUCCUAAACCAGGACCACAGAUUGAUGCCAUUGGCAUAGUUUUGUGAAGGGAGGUUGCAUUUAUUUAAGUCAAUGAUUUGUGAUCUCAUAUACAUUGCAAGAACACUGCAAGGACUCUGUACACGCGCAAAAGAGGUGUGAAACAUUCAUUGCUUCCUAAGCACCUUGUCUUAUCAUCACUACGAAAGCAACCUGCAGAUGCUCUAGUUGAUGUUGAUCUUUCACACACAGACUCCAGUCCAUGUGUCGCUGAGUCCUGUAUCCCUGUUUCCAGCAUGUCUUGACAUUUUUGCUAAUGCCAGCUAUAAUGAGGGGAGAUAGGUUGACUUCUGCAAUGCAUUGCUAGUUACACCCCACCCCCAGAUUUACACUUGGGCCUGGGACAUGUUGUGUGUGCAACUAUUAGAGCACCGAGCCUGACGAAAUGUUCUGAUCUGAUGUCUGUUGCACACCACUCAGCAUAGGAGCUUCUUUUGUUUUUAUAAAUACUUGGGUGGUAAGUAUGUCCUUUGUUUUCCCUGUUUAGGGGGAAGUUUGUUGCCCUUGAAAACAUUAGCUGCAAGAUUAAAUCUGGGUGUGAGGGACAUCCCCCGUGGCCAGAAGGCAUUUGCACUAAGUGCCAGCCAAGUGCCAUCACACUCAACAGGCAGGUAAGAUCAGAACAGCAGAGGCAUUUGUUAUGUCUGCUGUUUUUCUUUUUGGAAAUGAAUGUCCAGCUUAGAUUUGGGUGCGUUUUUCCCUUGGUGUAAACACGGUUGGUUAGCUUUUGCACAGGAUGACAGGGACACCUUCUUAUUCCUUGUAACUGGAGGACUCAUGUUCUUGGCAUGAGAUAGGAGAGGAGCCUUUAGUGGAUUUGAGAACCACCUGCUCAGAUUUCUUAAUACGAUCACAAAAAGCUGUGGACUUGUAAGAAUGGAGUAAGUGGUUGGUGAACAGGGAUCUAGGUGUUAUUUUCUUUGAAUUCCUGUAAUGUAUACUGGCUCUGUUCAGUCAUAAUUCUCAACUGGGUUUAAGAUUUAACGUGAAGGAACCGCAGGCUUGUGAGUUUUGCUUCCUGCUCCUUUGGGUCAGCCACAGCGAGGGAGUUUGGAAGCUUUUGCUUCCAUUUUCAACUAACUGAUUCAUUAUGUCCCAAGCCAGGCAUACUGGUUAGUUGAUUUGGGAGAACGAGCCAACUUAACCAAGGUUAAUGACCCUUGCUUGUUUCUGUAAACUGUAGUUAAUGCUAACCACGGUUUUAGCUUUGACUAUCACAGUCAUCCAUGGUGAACUGAAAAUAUAAAUGAAAGCUUCCAUCUUGUUUCUCAUGGCUCCAUCGGAGAAGGAAGACAAAUAUAGUAUGUGAGUCUAAGGCAGGGGUCGGCAAGGUUUAUCUUGCCUGGGCCAGAUCAAUCCCGCAGAGAUCCCUCUGUGGGUUGGAUUGCGCACGCGUGCUGGCGAUUUUCAGUGCCGUGGAAGGCGAGUCCCCGCACUGCGCUGUGCUGGUUUAGCACAGCUCAGUUCAGGGGCGGCUUGUGGGCCAGUCAAACGACCUCCGCAAGCCGCUUCUGGCGCAUGGGCCUUAGGUUGGUGACCCCUGCCCUGGUCUAAGGCUCAUGUAUAGCACUAAACCAUGGUUGAGCAUUAACAGCUGAACUAGAUCGCUGAUUUUCCGUGUGAGAACUAUUGUGGUAGGGGGGAUGGGUUUUGAAAAAGUGGUAGAAUAGUAGGGGCAAACGAUUUCUCUCCACUGUUUUCCUCACUGAUCCAUAGCCUAUACAGCCAAGGCAAGUCAGUUGAGAAUAAAGAGGUGUCAGUCUGUGAGACAGAAUUGAGUUAGAAUAUAGCAAGCUCAAAUCUUAUGUAGACUGGGUGACUGUGUUGAACAUCAUUGAUCCUUAUCAAAGGGCUUUGCUUGAUACAUUAUUAUGCUUUUCAAACGGCAGAAAUACAGGCAUGUGGAUAACAUCAUGUUUGAGAACCAUACAAUUGCAGAUCGUUUCUUGGACUUCUGGAGAAAAACGGGAAACCAGCAUUUUGGGUACUUAUACGGGAAGUAUACAGAGCACAAGGACAUCCCUCUAGGUAUCCGAGCUGAGGUUGCUGCCAUCUAUGAACCUCCACAGGUAACAGAUGCUCCGCUGUAAAAUGUCUUGGUUUGCUCCAUUUGGAAAGGUGCCUGGGAAACAGAAUAGACCUUAGCACUUGCUGACACCGGAGUAAAACUGUCAACUUUAAAGCAUGCAGCUAUUUUGUGGUGACGAAGCCUCUCCACAAAUGGCACAUGUGUCAGCUUUGUGACUUUAUAGUCCUGAUACUGUGCAUUUAUAUAUGCAAGUAAGUUCUCACUGAACUCAGUGGGGUCUACUUCUGUGUAAUUGUGCAUGGGGUUAUGACUCACUAUUUCGGAGGCGAGGCAGUGGUACUGCUUCAUACCCCAUGGAGAACCUGUCUUGCCCACAGCAUUUGUAGCCAUCUCUGCAAAGAACCUGUUUAUUGUUUGCUUUGGCCACCUUGAGAGAAGCUACUGCCAGGGCAAACAACAAACAGAUUAUUUGCAAAUAUGGCUGCGACUGCUGUGGACUAGACAGCUUGACUGGGGUGAGGGGGCAGCAACAAUCUCUUCUUUUCCCCUUCUCAACAGAUCUCUAGAUGGCAGAAAAGGGCAAUUGAAAGAGGCUCUGAUCUUAUGAAUAUUGCAGGAAGUCCCAUUGAAAUUGAUAGGAUUUAGAGUGCAAUCCUAAUCAUGUUUACUCAGAAGUCCUGUUGAAUUCAAAGGAACUUGACUCCCAGAUAAGUGGGCUUCAUUUUGCAGCCUUGGGGAGCAAUCCUAAUUGACCCCCCCCUUAGCCUUGCAGGGCCACCACCAUAUCCUCAGCCUUCGUCACAUGUGAAGAUGUUGGGCAUAUUGUGGUGCAGUGAUUGGGCCCAGUGCCUUCUGGAUUCCCACGGAUAAAAAGGUGGCAGGGGAGCUCCAAUGCUUUGCCCUGCUGCUAUUGAACUAUAGUAGCUUAUGGUGGACUGGAAAUUUUUGAAGCUGUACGGUCAUAUAAAGUCACUAGGUGGCACUAGCAGCUGGGUCUCAUAGCUGCAAGAUGAAGUGGAGUAGUGUGAUUCAGAUGAAUGUUAAGGAGAAAUUACAACUUCACAACGGAAUGGAAAUUUCUAGUAGAAUAAAUUUGUAUAAAUAUAUAAUUUUCUAAAUUAAGGUAAGGGAGUGUCUACAGGCACCAAGCGAAAACAUUCCUCUUUAACUAGGCCUUUUGCUGUUAAACAAUCUAUAGCCUUUUCAAUAUGAAUGUGUGUUAUUGCACAUUUUAUUAUUAUGUUAUGUAUUUUGUGUGGGUUUUUUGGUUAAUUGCCCUCCGAUCCUUGAAUGAAGAGCUGUAUAUAAAUUUAAUUAAUGGUGAUGAUAGAGAUCUGGUUGGAUCAGUGGUUCAUGAAUUUUUGUUUGGUUUACUAGCCAAGCUCAGUCCUUCUUGAUGACACCCUUUCUUGUGACAUGCACAGAGAACUCAUGAGAGGGUGUUUUCCUCUACGGCUGGGCUUUUGCAAAAAGUGCAGGCAGCACCUUUCUACUGCUCCCUCCUGCAAAAUCUCAACAGGAACAAAUAAAAAUUACUUUUAUCUUCCUCUUCACUGAGGUGAGGGAGAAGUUUUUCUCCUAUAAGCUGGACUUUUGCAGAAAGCACUAUUUGUAUGCUAUGGCUUCUGCCAAUGUGAAGGGAAAGAAACUAUCCCACCGCCAUGACAGACACACACCAGACUCCCUUGCAAAAAAAAACAGGGGCCAUUUAUUUCCCUGCUUACAUGGAUUUUUCAGGAGGUAGGAGUAAAAAACCAUUGGCACUUUACGCAAAAGCCCACCUUUCAGGACAGAAUCCAUCUUUCCUUUCUUCCCCAUUCUUGGAGGAAAGGAAACGUUGCUUCACUCUCACAAACUGAGUUUGGGUGAAUACAGAGCGGUGUUCACCGGAUGAAGACAAGGCGCUUGCUAUUGGCAAGGUUUUUGCAACCUUGCAUUGGACAAUCUUUUGUAGUUCAGAUUGAUUUAACUCCUUUCAACUGAUGCUGCAUCAAACUUAACCCAGCUGACGUAUUUGCUUUAGAAGGACAUUUCUGGAUUUGAAAGCUGCAAGUGAUGGAGAAUUUUGAUCAGCUAUUAAAGAGGUUGCUAUGAUUAUCAUCCUUGUUCAAAACUACUACUACUACUACUACUACUAUUAUUAUUACUACUACUAUUACUCCACCCAUCUGACUUGGUUGCCCCAGCCACUCCGGGCUGCUUUCAACAUACAUAAAAACGUAAUAAAACACCAAACAUUUAAAAACUUCCCUAUACAGGGCUGCCUUCAGUUGUCUUCUGAAGGUUGUAAGUUACCUAUCUCCUUGACAUCUGAUGGGAGGAUGUUCCACAGGGUGGGUGCAACUACCAAGAAGGCCACUUGUCUUUAUAGUUUCUCUGCCCAUUAUUAGCAUCAAAAUAUAUAGCAUUUUCCACCAUGCAACUUUAACAUAGUGACCGGAGAGCAGCAAGUGAGGAUACUAGGACCAAGCAGUUUUCAGAGUACUUACUAGUGUAUCAGGUUGUAGUUUGAGGAAAGAGGACAGUCUGUUGUCCUAUGAUCCUCCUUUGGCCAUUUUAUAAAAUGCUGUCUCAACACAUAGUGACCUUGGAAGUGUUGGUGGCGAGCUCCUACUGAGGAGGGAGCUCCUUGCUUAUGCAUAAAAUAUAUGUCUGUUGGGUGAUUUGAGACAUGCAAGCAGUAAUAAUUCAUUGGUGCGCUGUUCAGUGGCAAGAUUCAUGAGUUUCUGUUAAGUUGCAAAAUAAACUUACAUCAGCGCCCUUGAAUCCUCUGCACACCAUGAAGCUAAGUGUUGAGCACUUUGUUCGCUUGCCAGUUUGUGUGUUUUGGUAUUGCAUCAUGGUACAGUGUGUAGAAACCAACAAGCAGCUGUGCUAGAGGGGUUGUUCUCUGGUUUUGUGGCUCCUGUGUGAUUUAUCAGAGCUGCACUAAUGCUUGUUCAGCCCAAGAUAAAUAGAUAGCGUCUACAGUUCCCAUUUUAGAUUUGUGAUGAUUGGCAGCUAUUAUGUCGCUGAAACCAUGCGAAUUAAAAGCAUUGAGUUUGGAACUGAUGCAAACACUAUUGCUGUGAUUUGCAAGAGAGGCUGUGUUCCUUGGUAUCCUGGCAACCCUUCAAGAUCUCUGCUGGCUUGGCCAAAGGCAGACAAGAGUUACAGUAGAUCUGAGACAUCCUUGAUCCAGUUCAGUUGCCCUGUUAGUUGAGAUACCACCUGAUUUAAUGCAUCUGUUUCCCCAAUGAGAAAACUUUGGGUAGGUGGUGUAAAAAUAGCUGAUGUUGCCUGUCAGUUAAAUACAAGUUUAUUCUUUCUGGAAGAGAAAAGCCAGCUUGUCAAGUGUGUAACAGAAUUUGGUAGUAGAGUUCUAAGGAGGAAGAAUGGGAGGUGUCAAUUCAAAAUAUUGAUGGAGGACAACUUUUUAUUGUUCCCCUACAUUGUGUGUGUGUGUGUGUGUGUGUGUGUGUGUGUGUGUGUGUGUAAUAUUUUUGCAAGUAGAACAGUGCCACAGCAAAAAGUCAGCUGGGCUUUCUCCCUGAUAAGUUAAUUAUUUACUUGCUGAUGAACUUUCACAUGGAAAAGCAUUCAAAACGGCACCCCCACUAUUCAGUCUGAAGUGGUACUUGGUCAGUAGAACAUGAGACUCUUAAUCUCAGGGUCAUGGGUCAAGCCCCACAUUAGGCAUAUAUAUACUUAGAGAAAAACUCUGACUCUCAAAGUAUUUUUGAGAGAGAAUCCACAAUCUAGAGAGAAGUCUGUGCACUCCUGAGAUACAUUCCUGAGUGCUUUCCCGUAUUUUAUGCUUCUAUAUGGCACAGAAUUUGACUUUGGAGAUGGAGACUAGCUUGAAUGUGAGGUGCUUAUGGCAGAUUUUUAUAGCCUGUGAAAGGAAGUUAUCACGGUUAGCUGCCUGUUAAAUUUUCAUAUCAGUAUUUAUAUAAUACAAAUAAUGAAUCAAGAUUAAGGGGAAGAAUCAUAAUUAAAAGUUUAGCCUUAGGAAACACAUAUCGUACCAUAGGGUGGUUCAUAAGUAUUUAGAAAGAAAAAAGGCUUCUAAUAACUAUAUAGAAUUAUUGAAAAUCCAGCCUUCUGUUUUCAGUCAGAUAAGUAGGAAGCUAAGGAGCAAGGCAGAAUUAGAUAAGAGUGUCGAAGUUGGAAAGGGAGGAGAGACUGGAAGAUAAGAAAUCUGUAAAUUAGAGACAAGAGAAUAAAAGGUUGUGGGUCAGGUGGCUUAACUUAAAAUUAAUUAAUACCUUGUGACGCAUUAAUGUCCAUCCAUCAAAAAAAUAUUGCUGGGUGCCCUAUAUAGGUAAGGAAUCCAAUGUUAAGCAAACAGUGAUGGUGAGGGUAAAAUUGCCAAUGUGUGAGACACUAGAAGGAUUUCUAGAUCACAGACUUUAAACACAAAUUGUAAGAGGCUUUGUUUUUUAAAAAAUACUUCAUUUGCUCCUUGAGUAAGAAGAUUUGAUGCAAUCCCAAUGGGGAUCAUAGCUGGGAAGAGUGCUGCUGAGCUUGGGUCCUGCUUCUGAUCUUCCUAUGGACAUCUACUUGACCAGUGAGAACAGGAUAUUGAACUAGAUGGGUCAUAGCCUGAUCCUUCAGGCCUCCUCUUAGAUUUUUACCGGUGAAAGAAUGUAGGAUUCUUUACAGUUAUGUGUUGGGAAAUGACUGGUUUUCGUAGAGAAGCAUAGCUCAUUGUUUGUUCAAAUUGAUAUUCAAUAGAACCAGCAGUCAAUAGCCUGGUGUCACACGUAUCAAUGUAACUGCAGCGAGACACAGCAGCUUGUCAAUAUUCAUUCUCCUGACAUUUCCCAUCGUUUCUUUCUCGAGAACGAAACAUUUUGUCUCCUUGGGAUGCUAAAUGUCCACCCCUGUUUGUAAACUGAUUCUCUGUUGCUUUUCUCUUUAUUUUCAGAUUGGUACGCAAAACAGUCUGGAACUCCUAGAAGACCCAAAGGCGGAGAUUGUGGAUGAGAUUGCAACCAAGCUGGGCCUGAGGAAGGUAAUAAAAACAUGUGUGGGCCAGCAUAUAGGGGGAAACCUUUUGUAAGGAGCUGGAAGGUUGGCAAAUGUACGGGAUCUGGUUUGCUGGGAGCUAAUUGGGCUAGUGUUGCUUCAGCAUGCAGGCUGUACUGGAGGUUUUGUGACCUAUUCAGCUUUUUUCUGCUGCAUAGUCCUGAGGCAACAUGAAACUGAGUGGAAAGUGUGGGUUGGUGUAGUUAAGCAGAUCUGUGUUGCCAGUAACACAAAGGACAUAUAGAUGUGGUCACAUAGUUUUGAAUUCCUCAGUCUGCUGAUCAGGCUCCUGCUUAUCAGCUGUUUAUUAUAAAGGCAAGUGAAGCAGGAAUCUUGGCGGAGCACCAUAAACAGUGCCCCAGCUGUGCUUUUCUGAUAUGACUGGGGUAGAGAAGAUUUCACCUCUUGGAAAUCUUCUCCUUAAUCUGCAAACUGUCAGCUUUUAAAUAAAUUCUGACACCACCCUUGCGCAGAUGCCUUUCAGAUCCAUACUUAAUUUUCUUGCCUUAAUGAAGAUACUGCUUGUGUUGCGAAAAUAAAGGCUAAAAUACAUUGCUUCCUUACCCCCCAAAAAGGGUUGAAUAUUUUCAGACUUCUAAUGAGUGGGUCAUAUUAGUCAUUAAAUUUGGGUUUAUAUAAGGCAUCUGUGUUUAAGAUAUAAAACAGUUUGUUUUUGUUUGAAUCUAGCCUUUGUUUUAUCCUAGUUUUAUGGUUGUUUUGCUAUACAGAUCAUCACUAAUAACAUCUACAAGCAUAUCAGGUUUAGCUCUUGAUAUUUGUUGCAAGUAUAAUAGCAACAUCUGAACAGCAACUGAGUGCUUGAACAGUGAGCAAUGGAUAUGAAUAGUGUAUGGAUCUACAUUUCAGAAAGGCUUGCACUUCUUUAGCAUGAUCAAGUGGGAUUCAGGAAAUAGGAAAUUUGAGAGGGUUCCCUUUUAGAUUAACCAGCAUAGAAACUUGAUAUCUUGAGAGCACUUCUGUGAACUGCUUUUGAUUCUACAGUGUGGACACAGAAAAGUAAAUGUAUUUUUAUGAGUGAGGUGCGGAGGAGAAUCCCUGCAGUCUCCAGAUCUUUCCAUAAGGAGGCAUAAAACUGCCGGUCUCACCAGUUGUCACUGCAAAUGUGUGAAUUGUAUUCAAAUGAAGUCUGUGUAGCUAAGGGAGUAAUUUCCUUCAGGCUGCUGUUGAGCAGGCUUUCUCAAAGAGCUUCCUCUAGCCAAGAACAUUUUGUACCAAUGUGGGAAGGUCACCUUAAAAAAAAAAAGGUAGAAGAAUAAAAUGAGCAUUUGUGUUUUAAGGUUGGCUGGAUAUUCACAGAUCUGGUCUCAGAGGAUACACGGAAGGGGACUGUCCGGUAUAGCCGGAACAAGGUGAGAAGCGAGCUUUUUCUUUUUUGUCCUUGUACUCUUUUAUUUGCAGGCUCUGGGGGGGGACGACGUAGUUUGAUGCCUUGCUUUUAAGGGUGGGCCUUGUUUAUUAAAAUUAGAAUAAUGCAUGAGUUUGCUGGGAAUUUAGAGGAGCCAUGAACCAUUUAGAAUGGAGCUUUGUACGGAUAGGAUGUCAGGAUGGUUUGAAAUCUGUCUGGAUUCUUGGAUACCUGGCGAAGGUGCACCACAAACAAAAUCCUGGUUCUCUUUCCUUUAAAUAUGACUUCACUUCAUCUUGCUUGUUUUUAAAAUGUUUCAGCAGCGCCAAUACCAUAAGAUCCCAUUGUAACUUGUUCUUGUAUCUAUCUAAGCUUACAAGAGUGCUUUUGUAUACCUUCCUUGAUUUUCCAAAUCUCCCGCAGCUGUGGUCACAGGAAGCAAGCUCUUAUUCUGCAGUUUGUUUCAACCCAGCACAUAGCAAUGUUCCACGUACCUGAUUAUUGUUAAUGCUUCCCUCUGCUGGAUAAUUUCUGUCUAGUUUUCCUCCUAUCCUUCUGAAUCCUCUUUCUAGGUCUUCAUUUGCUGCCCUUACUUGGACUUUCUAUAGUGAAUUAUCUCAACCAACCACUAUUCUGUGACCAUAACCAAGUACCAUAAGCUAAUAGGAGGCUUUGCCUACUUCCACUAUAGUGAAAAUCAGGCAUAAAUCUAAAACAGCCUGCUUGCUCAUGAUGAAGUACACCCCAUUCCAUUAUUCAUUUUAUAGUUUGAUCACACAUUGGGGAAAUUAACCUUUCAUGGGGAAGUUAUUGUCUGGGUUCUCCUUCUGCCCUAAUUUUGCCACCUCCGUUCUUUACAUCAACCAGAUGUGAGCAUGAAGACCUUGGACCAUAUGUCAGGCUCAAGAUGUUUUUCACCUCAGCUUGUAGACUUUCGUUAGAUUCUGGGCAAUCUUAACUUCCGCGAAUCUGAAAACCAGUAAAUUUUUUAGUUGUCAUAGUUCUAAAGAGAGCUCAUAAAACCCGUGUCCUAAAAGUUCAGCGACCAGAAGCCAAAUAAACUUGCCUGAUUUAUUUCUCGUUUUAAAAAAUCUCCUUUAAAAAGCUUGGUUUUCCUAGUAUGAUAGGAAUUGUUUGCUGAAACUAAAGCUUUGCAGGUUGUAGUGCCUAUGCAUCGUGAUGAUUUUCCAAGAUGGUCAUCUGUGCUAGAUUUAGAAGUUACUAAUCCGUGCUUCGGGACGCGGGUGGCACUGUGGGUUAAACCACAGAGCCUAGGACUUGCCGAUCAGAAGGUCGGUGGUUCGAAUCCUCGCAACAGGGUGAGCUCCCAUUGCUCAGUCCCUGCCCCUGCCAACCUAGCAGUUCGAAAGCACAUCGAAGUGCAAGUAGACAAAUAGGUACCGCUCCGGCGGGAAGGUAAACGGCGUUUCCGUGUGCUGCUCUGGUUCGCCAGAAGCUGCUUAGUCAUGCUGGCCACAUGACCUGGAAGCUGUACGCCGGCUCCCUCGGCCAAUAAAGCGAGAUGAGCGCCGCAACCCCAGAGUUGGCCACGACUGGACCUAAUGGUCAGGGGUCCCUUUACCUUUACCUUUAAUCCGUGCUUCAUUUUAGAAAGCACUCCUGGGUUACCUUAAAUGCCGCUCGUGCAAUGGCUCCGUCUCUUUAACAGUCUCACCUUCUCGCCUUCUUUAGGAUGCUUAUUUCUUAAGCGCAGAAGAGUGCAUCACAGCUGGGCAUUUUCAGAAUCAGCACCCAAACAUUUGCCGCCUGUCCCCAGAUGGUCACUUUGGAUCCAAGUUUUUCACUGUGGUGGCUACAGGUAAAAACAAAACAAAAUGCAACCUCUUCUGCAAACACCUGAAAUGUUUCAUAACCCUCCACCCCCACUCCAUUAAAGCAGCAAGCUUUUCAGAAAUUGAGACCAGUAAAAGAAAACAGUGUUUUUGGCCAUGAGGUGGUUUCUAACUGCAUGUGCUUAGGAACCCUCUGCAGGCUAAAAAGAGCCCGCAAAGCCAGGAGCACUGGGGCUUGCAUGUGUGCCCUUGCCCCCAUUCUCUGUUUUUAAACCUGAGUGUUUUCAACUUUAGUUGAAGAGGAAACCUCCUUCCCCUCUCCAAAAUGGAGUUUGGCUAUUUGGAAAUGCUUAUGUUAAUAAUGUUAAAACCAUAUGUUUUUUUGUGCGCAUGAAUUAAAGCCAGUCAUUCUGCCUUCCCAUUACAUCUUAUGCUGGGGUGGGAGGUGCAGUUGCUGAUAAACAAUAUGCAUCUUUCCUUUCCUUUGGUUUAAAAAUCUCCUUGACAAAUGCCCCUCCAUGUGCAAUAUUUAAUAAAGCUUUUCAGUGGUACCUUUUGCUAAGACGAGGACUGUGUGAGAUGAAGCUGAAAUCUCCUAAUUGUAUGAGAAAGUGUUGCUCAGUGCUGCAUGCACAAGAAAAGUCUACAGCACAACAUAAAAAUCACAGUGGCCUGGCACCGUAGUGUUCUGUGCAAAUGGCAGAAACCCAGUAAAACAUAAAACUAUUUGCGGGUGUAAACGUAUAAAACUGUGCAAAUGCAUGUGACCUCUUAACUGUAUGCAGUCAUUUAUAUGACUUCUUAACAAAUCCCCUCUAUCUGGAUACCUCUCUUGGAAAGUUGUGUACUGUUUGCCAUUUUAAACUCUUAAGCCAAUACAGGCUCAGAAUAAGAGUCCUUUGUACAGUCAUACCUCGGGUUGCGAAUGCUGCGGGUUGCAAGUUUUCGGGUUGUGGAUCGCGCCGAACCCGGAAGGACUGGAAUGGGUUACUUCCGGGUUUCAGUGCUCACGCAUGCACAGAAGCACAAAAUGACGUCAUGCACAGAAGCGCCGAAUUGCGUUACAUGUGUGCGCAGAUGCGGGUUGCGAACAUGCCUCCCGCACGGAGCCCGGUCGCAACCCGAGGUAUGACUGUACUUAAGGCAGAAAAUCUGGAUUUGAUGCACUUACAUUUAUUGGCUUAGUGACGUCUUAUAUCCAUUUUGAGUGUGCUACAGCCUGUGUACAUAUAUACCUUCUUCUUGAGCGGCUAAAAGUACCUUUUUUCCCCAGGUGGUCCUGACAACCAAGUCCACUUCGAGGGCUACCAGGUAUCCAACCAGUGCAUGGCUCUAGUACGUGACGAGUGCUUGUUGCCAUGUCGUGAUGCUCCAGAGCUCGGCUAUGCAAAGGAAUCCAGCAGUGAACAAUAUGUGCCUGAUGUGUUCUAUAAGGCAAGUGUGGAUAACCUCCAUCGACAUGUGGUCUUUUCCUAUUUCUGGGAAAGUGGUACGGUUCACUCUCUUCUUUUCUGUAAGGUGACUAAACAAUAGUGGCAAGCCAUGAAGGGUAGCCCUUUCCCAGUACUUAACGUCUGGAAUUUCCUUCUGCCCUUGGGAAGGUGCUUUCUCUGAAAGGCCUUUGGAAGCCUAGGCUAAUGGUUUUUCAUGCCCAAAGAAAAAGGUGCACUAGCUGUUCUAUCAUCUUUCUCUGGGUUGAUUGCUGCAUGGGCAGCAGUUCUUCUGGCACCCCCUUCCUUCCUUUCCUCCCUAGCUCUGGAGACAACCUGUCUUGUCUGCCCUGUGCACUGGAAGGUGUUACCACUGAGCCAUAUCUCCUGUCUACAUUGGCACAUUUGGCCUAUGUUGUUCAGAGCAGUGCAUCAGCAUUGGGGAGCCACCUAAGUCAAGAUUCUGCCAUGGCUCCGCAUUUGUUGCUUUUGAUGUUGUCUCUAUCGGAUCCACAACGACACCUCUGAACUUUGAAGUUAUAGGGCAGGCAUCGGCAAAUUCGGCCCUCCAGGUGUUUUGGGACUACCACUCCCAUCAUCCCUAGCUAACAGGACCAGUGGUCAGGGAUGAUGGGAAUUGUAGUCUCAAAACAUUUGGAGGGCCGAGUUUGCCUAUGCCUGUUUUAGGGGGGCCUCAGAACAGUAAGCUGUUGUGUUGACUGAGUAUAAAUUGGAGCAUGCAUUCUUGCACACACACACACACACACACACACACACACACAAGCUUGCAAACAGCAGUUCAGCAAUAUGUAUGGAAAUACAGAUUUGCAAUAGUUUCUUGCAUAAAUAAGCUCAAUUUCCCUUUUCUUGAAAAUCCUCCUAUCAUACUCCAGAUCCUAUUCAGCUUCAGUCAGAGGUAAGCUACUUUGUGCCCCCUAUCGGGCCCUCUGAAUUAAUGAUGCCACUUGUGUUUGGCUGUGACUGCCACCCCUCUUGUUGACUUCGGAUUCCUGACUAAUGUUUGCUGUUUCCUUUGCCCAAUUAUGCUUAGGUGAGAUGCUCAGUGAAGCAAAACGAUGCAGCAAUAAAAGCUGCAGGUUUCUGACAGUCAGCGAGAAUAGUUUUUGUUACGUAGGAUAUACUUAUAAGACACCCGGUGAGCAGCAUCAGUUGCUGCAUAGUGACAAGUAGCAAAAUAGAAAACGUGGAUUCAGAGAAGGUAAAUUUCGUGGUGGGGAAAGAGGGAGGAUGAGAGCUUUGAGUGGAGAACGAUGUAAAAAAAGGCAUGGGUAGAUCCAGAAGAUUGGGCAGCAGGUAGGAUAAAAUAAUUCCUCUGUUCUGUUACUACAAGCAGACAGCAUUUUUCUUUCCCCCUUAUGUCUGCCUUAUAUGUUGCUAUUCAAGAAACAAAAAAUUUGAGAUAUUUUCAGUACUUCACUUUGUGUGUAUGUGUGCUUUCCAAACCAGAAAAUUCUGAAGCAGACAAAUCUGAUUACUCUCUUCUUCUUUUAGUAUUGUGGGUUUUUUAUCCUCUCAGCAAAAGUCUCCCUAAGAUGGCAGCAUUUUGUAAGCAGUAAUUAGUAUGUGCAGCCGACACCCAAUGCACAAAGUGUUGACGGUGGCACUCCGGAAUGGGAAUUUACUAAGGCCUCCACUAUCAGUCCCACUUCUGUUUACUUGUACAGUGCGAAGCCAUUUUGUGUAGGGUUCUCACUUACACUUUUCAAUCCUGCAGUACAGAAAUUUCCAGCUAUGGCUUGUGACUCAAAAUUACAUUGCUUCUACUUUCUUUGAAUACAACCUUGCCUGGCUAUAUAGCUGUCACUUGAAUUGAUCACUGAGCCUUUAAAAUUCAGGCUGCUCAGAAAUAUACUCUGGAAUUCAGGCAAGUGUUUCAAUAAUCCUUGAGCCAGAUGCAACGUAAUGAAAUCACUGGAAAGUUUAGUAAAUUCUGUGUUUAAGAACCAUUUGGGCCUUGAUAAAUGUGGAAGACCUGGCUCUUUAGACAAUACUUUAUCACAGAUUUUGUGAGUGACAGCUUCAUAAAGGAUCGUUAAGACAUUGUCUUGAUGCCAGAAUAUCUCUGGUAGGCUCUGGCCCUGUUAGAAUACGAAGCACAGCCUUAGUCGUCAAGUACGGCUUUUCUUAUUUUAUUUGGCUGGUUAUACUUCUAUACUUUUCAGUUCCUGCCUUGUACAGUAGGGGAGAGUUACUGUUUAUGCCAUAUGACUUUAUGACAACUUAGCGGGAACAAUUUGUGGUCACCUUUUACAUAUUCAGAAAGCAAGAGAUCCGUAGCCAUGCGCAGAAAACAUAUGAGCAAAAUAAUCCAAAGGUUCUGAGAAUAAAAUGUUUUCUUUUUUGAAGUCCAUUUAGUGCAUUUUGAACUUUUCACUCUGUCAAGGUUAUUUUACCGUUCUUUUCGUAAAAGGCAGGUGUGUUGAACCGAAGGUGAGACUGUCUCAGAAGGCUUGCAAAUGCCAUUUAAUGGGGAGUUGCUGCAAGGUUGAGCUCACAUAUGUUUAUAGAUUCCCUUCCUUUUAAUAUACGCUAGUUGGCUCGCUUUGAUGCAGUUCUUAUCUGGGGUGCUGGGCUGUUGGCCCAGAGAGGGAAGCUAUCUGUAAGCCCUGGAUAGUUGCCACCUGUGCCCUCAUGGCGCCAGGUGGAUUGAUGGGAGGUUCUGGCCAAACUGAUGCAUGCUAUCAUUUGUAUAAGUAAUGAAUGAAUAUUUUUCUGGGUGCAGACAAGUCAUGACGGCACCUCACUGCUGUGGUGUCUGACCCACGUCUGUAGUGGCUUUGUGGGGUUUGCAGGCUAUGUUGAAAGCUUACAUUUCCCUUUAAUAUAGCACUAUUCUGGCGUUCUUGACAUCCUCCUUUGGUAUCCCUGCAGCAAACCAUUUUUUGCACAGACCCUCCUUUGGGCCUGUGGUUCAGAACAAAAGGUUGCCUUAUUUUCUCCGUAUUCUGUCCUUACCGUGGCAUUAGGAGCACUUAACACUCAACGCCCCAUUCUUGUGAGAUGAAGGAAUAUAUUUUGAUCCAGGCCAGGGGUUUAGCUAAGGGAGGCUGUUGUCCUGCAGUGUUGGUUUAUAACAUGCCCAGAACAGGAAGACGUUAAUGAGCUACUUGGACUAAAUUAUUUAUUGGGGUAAAAGCUUUUUAAAGGUUGGUCUCUUGGCAGCCAGCUACUACAAACCAGCACAACUACCUUUCCAGAAAAUUAGGAGAGAUCUGCACUGGAGCUUUUUGGAGAGAGAAAGAAAGUGUGUGUGUGUGUACACACACACACACACACACACACACACACACACAUAUAUAUAUAUAUAUAUAUAUAUAUGGCUUAAGCACUCACAUGAAAGAGCUUUUAGAAAUUUGUUGGAUCCGCCCCAAGAAGCCAAUGUUUGUGUAAUGUGGAGUACAUUUAUCUCGCAAGGUUAGCAGCAGUUUAAAUACAGCAGAAGCUAUUGAACCCCUGUGUCGUCUAGCUGGGUAGGAGAACAGAUGCUCUUUAAACUCCUGCAGGCAGAGAAGAGGUGAUGUAUGUAAAAUCAGAGAGACUUGAAGCGGUGCCUAUGUGAAACUUUGCUCAUUGCAUAAAGUAUCCAGUCCUGGUAUAUUAUUUCUAUACUUUUGGAAAACGUUUUUUCAUGAAGUUGUCUCAGUUGCUUGCUGCACAAAAGAAGCCCAUGUUGGGAUCAAAGCCACACGUCUAGUGCGUUACUGGCUGCAGGGCCUCAGUAAGCCUAGAGGUGCUUAAAGGGCAAAUAACAGGCUUCUUCUCUCUUGAGCCAUCCUUGGGUGGUGCGCAUCAGUGCGUGUUUGUGGGACAGGGCCGGAGGCUGUUGCACCCAUGACGGCAUGUUCCAGCCAUUGCUUGUUCCCAUGAGAACAAGUAUGACUCACUCAUAUCUCAAAAAGCACCAAAACAGGAAAACCAACAGCACCAGGUUUGCUCCAGCUUUAUGGAGCCAGGCAUUUUUCUGACGCCUCUGGCCGUGCAAGACUUUUAUGUCUUUACCACUCUCUUUAUUUUGGCCCCUUAAAGACUAAAUCAGCACUGGCAGCAAUGCUUUUAACUGCAUCUGGAUGCUGAAAUUUGACUGGUGUGAAGGGCUUCAGGCUUAUGCUGGUGUGAACAUUAGGAGUUUUGAGAACCAGAACAAAAAAAGCUGUUUAAAUAGCUGUUCUCACUGUUGAAGAACACCUCCUCCCCUCACCCACCAAUGGAGAGUGUGUCUGGAAUGGAAAGUCUGAUUCCCUGUGUUAUUUAUUUCAUGUAUUAAUCACUUCCUAUGAAGCAUCUCAGUACAAUACAAACAUGUAUAAAACAAUUACAGAUAUAAAAACAAUUUAAAAUCCAGUGCAGAGACUGAUUGAAAUAAAAAAAUUCCACUGAGGACGCCUUGCUGAAAGCAAGAAGUCUUCAACCAGUGUUAAAAAGACGACAGAGAUUGUGCCUGUUCGAUAUGUAACAGGAGAGCAUUCCAAGGGGCAGGUGCUGCCACACUAAAUGCCCAAUUCAGAUACCAUGUGGAAUGGACUUCCUGAUAAGAUGGCAUCUGAAGGAGGCCCUCUUCUGCAGAGCAUAGUGAUUGCUUUAGUAUAUAAUGGCUGAGACUGUCUUUUAGGUAUCUUAGUCUCAAGUUGUAUAGGGCUUUGCCACCGAUUCCAGCACCUUGAACUUAGUCUGAUAGCUAAUUAAGAAUUAAGGCAGCCUUUAUAUCAUUAUCCUGCAUCCAACACCUGAGUAAUCUGUAAUGGGUUUUUAUGCUUUAUAAACUGCUUAGAAGCAGUUUGGCAUCAUGUAGUAUAUCAAUUACUUGAUAAAAGUACAUUUCUCUUCUUUUCAGCUGGAUGUGGGCAGGCAGGGUAUUUGCAACUUCCUGUAGCACCAGAAAUAAGAGUUGCUAGGUUAACCAUUUAUAAUGGAGAAAGGGCUAAUUGCAUUAUUUUCAAGAAUGUAGGAGUCUUGUGUAUGCUAUCUUAGAAGACAAUUCUUUCCUAUCUCAACCAGUUUCCUCUUUCCAACUUAUUUAAGCUUGGAAUGUAUUUUGCCCUUGCGAGUCUGAAUAAGAGAAGGCUGAAUAAUACGCUGCGUUCCAUUCAUAGGUCUUUAUCGAAUGUCAACAGAGACCAAGCCUAGAGGUUUUAUAGGGCUGGGGGAGAACUUCUGACAAACAGAUGUUGUUUGACUUACAUUUCGCAUAACACUAGAUGUCUAUAAAUUUUAGAUCUCCUUUCCUAAAAUAUAUUGACAUUAGUUAUCAUAGCAUAGUCAGAUGAAAUCACUGGAAGCCGUGAGAGCCGAACACUCUUUAAAAUUUGGCAUUUUCAUCCAUUUGCAAUUUGCAUUAAUGGAGAGCAGUUCUCCGUUUUUAUGUUUCUGGGUGUUUCAAACACCUCCUCUUCUUCCUGAAGCAGCAUCCAGCCAGUCUGCUAAGUUUGACUUUCCAUUAUCUGGCUGUCAUCUUAUUGGGCACCCCUGUGAGUCUUGUGCUCUUGAAGUUGGUUGCUGCACCGCAGGACUCCAGCUCUAGACUUAUUUCAUGGAUGUCUCAACAUUCCAUCAAAUGCAGCGUGCCAAAAAAGAAAAGGGGGGGGGGAUCCAAAGGGGAAUCUGAAUUUUAUGGAUCCUUUGAAGCAGAGUAGCAAAGGUUUAGUGCUUUUGCAGGACUCUGCUCCCUUGUUGACUUUUGAAAAAUACAGAUGAUCUUAGGACCAAUGCAAAGAUGUCAUCUUUCCCAGUGAGUUAUGUUGUUAUUGAUGUUCUAAUGUCCAGGAAAUGUUUGGGGUUGGUAGAAGAUGAAAGGCACUUGAGGACACUUGUGUUACCGAUAGACAUUUGCCCCUUGCAUCGUUCUUUUACAGACUGAAAAAACUGGAUACGGUUUUGCAUUUAGGCUGUCGCUUCAGCUUUGUAUGGUACGCUGGUCUAAAGAAUUGCCAGCUGCUAGAUUUUAGUAUGAUAUAUCAGGUUUCCUCUUGUCAAGUCAUUCCAGUGGCAAUACUGGAAGGCCAAGCACUCUCUCUUAAGAGCUGCCUGGUACUUGUUUUCUUCUAAAAAACCAGUACCCCUGGGUAUUGUUGAGUUAUGAGCACUUGAUAUGUACGAGGCCUUUAAUUCAGUCUGGGGAUAAAUUGAGAAUCCUGAUGUUCUGUUGAUGUUGCCUUGAGACAGGGACAUGAGACGCUGAGCACAUACUUGCUUGGUUGUGGGAAUCAUUCAGAAUACUCAGGAUUCCUUUGCCCAGAAAAUGCUUAUGAUAUUUGUCCAGCCUCUUCCCACUCCCCCAUAUUUAUAGAGCUGUACAGGGUUCUUUAUGCCAGAUUUCCAGUGACAUAUCCACUGAAAUGCUCUUAUCAACUUUCCUAGUUCCCAGCUUGCCUUUUGCUUAUGAAACAUCUACUUUCUAGCUCCAAAUAGCCUGUUGUGUACCCCAUUGCUACAGACUAGUUUUCUGCCCCCUACCUACUUUCUCUGGCCCCAAUAUAACCCAUUUAUACACUUCGCUACUUUCUUAUUUCUUUUUUAAGAGGAAAGCAGAAAACUAGCCAAUACCAGGAUUGCCAGUUCAGCCGGCACUAGAAUGGGGGCUAUUUAUUCCCCACAUUUAUUCUCAGUGCAACUCCUCUCUCAUGUGGAAGAGUGACCCUGGUGACUCAUAUUUCAGCUUGUCAUUCCACAUGCCUCUCCAUCCUUCUCUGCAGUGCUACUGUCUACUGACCUGUAUCGCCUAUCUGUACUUGCACAUUUAAUUGUGCUGGGGAUAGGUAGUUUCAUCAGCCCAGAAGGUUUUCAUGUAGUUGUGUCAAGGCACUGCGGACAGGAUGGUGGUCCCAGACAGGCUGGACAACGCGUUGUACUUCCGUAGCUGGAAUUUUUUUAAUGUUUUGCAACACGUUGCAUAUAAGUACAGAAUGGUGUAUGUUGAUAAAGCUCCCAAAAAAGGUUUCGUUUAGUAGUUGCUGUGACUAUUCACUUAAGGAAACAAUUUCUCGUAUAUUAAGCAUAAUUUGAGUCUCCUUUUCUAUGGCUAAGGACCCCUGCCCACUCUCCUGCAUGUGUGCUAUUAGGUAGCCCAAUCCCUGCUAAAACUCCAGGCUAUCUGGGAGUCGGAGACUGAAACCCACAUUGCCAUUUCCAGGGCUUCCUCAAUCACGGGCAGAUGUUUUUUGGCUUGUCAAAUCAGUCGCAACCAUUCUCAGCCAGGUAACAAGCAGCCCUGUCAUUUCUCGCUGGGGUCUGUGAAAACUUCUCCCGGCUGAAGCAGCAGGGUGGCAGAAGCAUUCUGUUUCCAGACCAAAGGUGUAGCUGAGGUUUAUGUGUGUGCAUUUUAAUUCAGGAUAAGGUACCUAUAGCAAGCUUAAGACUCUAGGAAUGUAAUCCUUUGCAUGUCUACUCAGAAGUAAGCCCCACGGAAUUCAAUAGGACUUCCCCCACAAAUAAGUCUGUAUAGGGUUGUAGCCUCAGUCACUUACAUAUGGGGAGUAUUUGGGAGCCCAACAAAGUCCCAGUGUUAAGUCAUCUGUAAUCCUGAUUACCCCAUUUUUGCCUUUCAUCACCAUAGAGUGCUGCAGCUGCGACACAUGCAGUUCAUUAGGAAAGUAAAUAAAACAGGAAGUAUCACAAUGCCAGCCCAUUAGUUUGCACAGUGCGUAAUUUUAGCUUACGAAAUGCAUUGUUGCAGAAUGAUGUGAUGGCAACUCACUGGGCUUUUAAACAUUUGUUAGACAAAUUCAUGGAUUAUAGUAAAAAAUCAUAAUUUAUGGCACAAAAACUGAAAGGAGACCCAUCCUGCCCGCAGACUUACAAUUUAGUAUAAUUCAAGUCCAACUGUAGGUCCGAAAUGGGGUCUGUUCACAGCUGUGAGCCACGUUAGCUGAAUGACAUCUCUGCUUACCAGAUGCUGGAGACAGUGAAGUGGCUGCCGCCAUAUUAUGUUGCUUGUGAGCUACCAAAGCCAUUUAGCUGUUGCGGCUGGAAAUCUGGACCUUGAUAUGACCCAGCAAGGCAGGUUUUUCCCCCUUUCCUGCAGCCAUAGAUCAAAGCCCCAGCACUGUUGCUGUCCUCUAAUCUCUAAAUCUUAAUUAUUUUUUCAUAUAAAGGGUUACCUCCUGACAGUGUGCUUUCACAGAGCAUUUCUCUUUCCUGUCCCCACCAAUAGCUUUGACAGUAACACUCCUGCAUUUAAGAGCUUGCCAAGGGCCUUAGUCAUAGAUGCAUCCUUGACGUUCAGAGAUUUCUUGCCUCGGCUUGUUGGGUAGAGGAAGUUCUCUUGUAGCAGCUGCUUGAUGCUGUCAUUUAUUCCUUUCCCAGAUAUGCUAGUGGCACGUAUUGGCAAUCUUUAUAAUAUUGAAAAGAUUGACCGGCUCUGCAUACACAUUUUGGUUAUGAGUGAUCAGUUAUAAGGACUGUAUCUUCAGAACAAUCCACGCAUUUGUACAAUGCUGGAUCUUGAAAUAAUAUACUUAAACCCCACACAAGUUCUUGCUUUGUCUGUAUUUGUUCUUUCCACUGUACUGUUCUACUUCAAUUGAAGUAGCAGAUGUGAGGCACCAUGAUAGUGUCAAACGGUACCUGUACCUUGAAGCCUUCCAUCCCGCUGCUUUUGCCUAUUCGCUUCUCGCUUAAAGAUUCUGCAAGAGGCAAAAAUAUCCCGUCGGCAAUAGAGAGAAGUGUUGCAGACCAACUGCUGAAUUUGUACCAGAGCUCUUCCUCAAGAGAGGGGUUAAAAUAGGACGUUUCUCCUUGCUUAAGUAUUCAGGUGUGGUUGGAAAGCUUGGGUAAGAACUAAAUGCCUCUACUUCCUUAUCUUGCAAAAGCAAAUCAAGGGUAGAUGUGAGAGCCCCUAUAUGAGGGUACUAUCUCUGGUGGCAAAUAGCUCUCUUUGGAAACCAGGUCUGUAGCACCCUGAACAUUUCAUUCCAUCAGUCCCCAAAUAAAUAUUUUCAAGGAAGGUAUUGUUUCCCUCACUGUCUCCCAACCAAAGUCUGUUAAGGCCUAUAAAAAAAGUAAAUUGCUAAUACAGUGUGCGUGUAGGGAGGGUCAUGAGUCCCUACCUUUAUUUUUGAGGGACAGGAUUUACAAAUACCACUUGCAGUGGAGAAGAUAGAAGGUUCUAUUUUAUCGAUAGGGGAUGCCAUUCAGAUUUUAGUAACUGGACUUUUAAAAAAAAAAUUGUAAAAAGUGUUUUUCAUUUAAAUCCCUGGAGGGAAAUAUGAAAGUCAACAGGUGCUGGGGAAAAAUGUCUCUGCAUAUUAGAACUUAAUUGGAUUUGAAGAUGCGUUCCAGGUGGGCUAAUUAUAUGGGUGGUAUAGCAGGUUGCUUCUUGCACGGGCAGAUCUAUAAGUUGGUUUCAUUGGAUUUGAUCUUUCUCUUUGCAGCCUUUUCAAGAUUAAGGGCUGGCGCAUAGAACAACUGCUCAUGUUCUGCUGGCUGAACGCUGCAAUGUAGAGCUAGAAGUAUGGGAAGUAUCCCUAGAAAAGGCAUAGGCACCUUUUCCUCCCUUUACACCCUGCCCCCCAAAAGGGAAGAGGCAUGGGAUGAAAUCCUGUGGAGCACAAUGAGUAUUGACUGCUCCUGUAGAAAAGCGCAAGAUUCUCCAAAUAAAUGCUGUGAAGACAUGCCCAUAAAAAAGAAAUGGGCUUUUAAGCUAGUAAAUUCCACCAGAAAAAUUCCAUCCUCCUCCCAUAUCUCCUGCUAGAGCUCAAGAUAUCUAAAGGUUCAAGCCCCUGGGCUUGUUGCCGAAGAUAUUACAACACCAAACAGUCUGUCUUAUUUGAGAAAUGAAAAGUAUCUGUGAGUUUUUCCUCUAUAAUCAGCAUUUCUUUAAAAGAAUGCCUACAGGCUUAUCAUGUUUUGGGCAGGUGUCUUGAUUUGAAAUGCCAUGGAUUUUCCUACAGUGAGAGAGGUCGGUGAUAAUUAAUAAUAUGCUGCGUGUUUCCACUUAUGUAUAAACAGCUGCUUUUUUCCAUGAAUCUUUCUAGUCAUCUUUACACACAAACCGGGUUGAUGAAACUUGGCAUGUUCAUUGUUGCUUGUUCUUUGGAAUUUUUAAUUUUGAGAAGCGUUACCACAUCCCCCCAUUUGGGAACGUGGUGAAAAUUCACCAAAGAGCACCCUGCGUUUUCGUAUCAGUAAAGUUGAGGAGCAAACCUUGGUGAAUCUAGGAGAGGGUUUUCUGAUUGCCCAAAAAAUGUUGCUCUGAAAUGGAUUUGUAUCGCAAUUUGCAUGAGGUACAGAGAAACUUCCCUAAGACCCUCAUUCUCCAUGACAGCAGGGAAACAGUUGUCCUGGACAGAGCUAUCUCACCCCCAAGGGGCCUCAUCUAGCAACUUCUCUGCCUCUCUCUGGGUCAGCUACCUUGGCCCCAAAGGAAUGAGCUCACACCAAGCACACACCCACAACUUCUGUUCAGCAGGCAGAUAGGCAUAAAUGUGACAUUUUGUGUAAUACACCAGGUAGCCCCCAGCCCCGAUCUGCUGCCUUUAUUAAGUAAGCUUACUUGGGAGGUUGGGAUUUGUUAGGAAAAAAUAUUGGCAGGGGUAGUAGUCUGCUCUUGACUCCAUGCCAAACUCAACUACUUAGCUCACUUGUUACCUUGGCUUGGCAAUGGGGCUGAGAUGAUGCUCACCUCUUGCUCAUGGAACCCCUUGGUUACCUGCAGAUCGAGAAAUGGCUUUUCAUACAUGCAUAGCACAGUGUGCUCCUGGCCACCUCUUUUGUUGAAUAUCAGAAAUGUUCUGUUCAAAAAUUGAAUAUAGUGGUACCUUGGUACCCGAACGACUUGGCUCCUGAAUGCCACAAACCCGGAAGUGAGUCUUCUGGUUUGUGAACGUUCUCCGGAAGCCGAACGUCCAACGCGGCUUCCGUUUGAGUGCAGGAAGCUCCUGCAGCCAAUCAGAAGCCGCACCUUGGUUUUUGAACAGUUUCAGGUGUUGAACGGACUUCUGGAACGGGUUAAGUUCACCGUACAUAGAAAUUCAGUGUGAUCUGGAUUUUUCUUAGUUCUCUGUGUAAGAAGGCAACAGUCUUAAAUAAGAAAAAGAUGAAAAUUUGAACCUGUAGCUUUCAGAAUUGUAGUGAUGACCAAAGCAUUUGCCUGCAUCUUGAAGUAUUGAUUAGCAGUGCUCAUCAGAAAUGUCAAUCUUAGGACUUUGUCUCCCUAUCUGACUGCUUGCAAUAGAGAGAGGUGUGUGUGUGUGUGUGUGUGUGUGUGUGUGUGUGUGUUUCUGUUUCUACACCCUCCCUCAAUCUUCCUGGCAAUAAAUCAAACAUGCAGAUUGACAGCUGUGUCCGAGUACUUGUCCUUGGGAUCUGCCUCAUAGUCACAUUUUGCUUUUGGAAGCUUAGCAAAUGUAAACUUUUAUGUAAGGUCUCUGAUUGGAAAUUACAAAUGUAUAAUUUAUAUAGGUCUGAGUGAAUGAUUUAUAUCCUGUUAAGUGGUGAUUUAGGUGGAAAAUACAACCCCCACUUGCAGAAUCUUUAAUGAAAAGUGUCUGUUCUUACGAAUUUAUUUCUGAAGCAGUGCUUGAGCUCGGUGUGUUUGACAUAAAUCAGGUCUAAUUGUCAGUUUGUGAUUAAUGAACAUAUGCUAGUCAUCUCCCCCCCACCCCAUAAUUGAACUUGUGUUCAAUUCAUCAGACAGAGCUCAACAGGUUUAGGCUUUGUCAGAUUGUGUGCCUUUUGUAGCCCCUGAUUUCAGAGAGGAUGGCUCGGGGCUUCUCCUUUUUUUGGAACUGCAGAGGGAUGGGAAAAUGAGACUUUAUUUGAAGGCUAAGGUUUUUGGAUUCAACAGGGCAGCUUGUCAAAAUGUCAGUUGGAUUGGCGAAGUCUUGGAAUGCAAAGGCAACACAGUCUAGGCUGAUCUGCUAGACCAGGGUUUCCCCAAUUUGGGUCUCCAGCUGGUUUUGGACUACAAUUCCCAUCAUCCCUGACCACUGGUACUGGGUGUAAAAUCUAUACAGGUGUGGGGGGAUUCCCAUGUUCUAUUUAAAAUAUGUGACCAACAGUACAAUCUCUUCUACAGUGCAAUGUGGAACAAGUCCUGAAAGGUCAGUUUGUAUAUGAGAACCAGAGGCUCUCUUCCUUGCUCCCCCAACCUACCCCCCCUUUUUAAAGAGCCUUCAAAAGUUGCUGCCUUGUUAACACUAAUAACCGUUUCAGUUAACCUAGUUCACAUAGAGAUUUCUCCCUGCUAUAUUGCGCAAAGGAUAGCUGAGGGAUGGGGGGGAGAACUUAGUUUGCCUGAGCAGUACAAUUGUCCAAAUCUAGGAUGGAAUAAUUGUGCUAGAUGGGACAUCUGUGUAACUCCAUGAGGGGGUGAAUUGGGAGGUCCUGUUAAAUCAGGCUUGGCAUCAUACCUACUUUUUUUUGUUGGUAGUAAGGCAACUUUUAAGGGACGCAGGUGGCGCUGUGGGUAAAACCUCAGUGCCUAGGACUUGCCGAUCGUAUGGUCGGCGGUUCGAAUCCCCGCAGCGGGGUGAGCUCCCGUCUUUCGGUCCCAGCUCCUGCCCACCUAGCAGUUCGAAAGCACUCCUAAGUGCAAGUAGAUAAAUAGGUACCGCUUUAUAGCGGGAAGGUAAACGGCGUUUCCGUGUGCUGCGCUGGUGCUGGCUCGCCAGAGCAGCUUUGUCACGCUGGCCACGUGACCCGGAAGUGUCUUUGGACAGCGCUGGCCCCCGGCCUCUUGAGUGAGAUGAGCGCACAACCCUAGAGUCGGACACGACUGGCCCGUACGGGCAGGGGUACCUUUACCUUUAAGGCAACUUUAAUUGUUCUAGAAUUAAGUUAUUUCAUAUUACUGCAAAACUGUUAACCUUACUUGGUUAGACAUGCAUUUGCUGCAGGGGUGAGUGACUUCUGUCUUUCAUAGUCUACACUGAAAAACAAAGAAACACAGCCACAGCCUUGAAUUCCCACGUUCCACUUGAUAUGUGUGUAAAUUUCUAAAGCAAGUGUGUGUAUUUGGGAUCUCCGUAUAGUUAGGGUGUAAUCGAUCGUCAAUAUAUAGUCAUGUUUAAGAAUACAAGUUGUUUCUUACUGGACCAGAUCAAGAUUCAGUUGUGCAGCUUUCUUUGCAAGAAUCCAGUUAACCAGAUUGCUGUAAUCCACUGAGAAUUAGCCAGUAGCCCACAUGCAACACACCAACCCCUGAUCUAUAUUUCUCCUUAGCAAUUUUGCAUUGAUCAUUCAAUCUAACUAGUAGACUUCUAUUGUUUCAGGAUAUAGACAAGUUUGGCAACGAGAUUACUCAGCUAGCUCGUCCACUCCCUGUGGAGUACCUAAUCAUAGAUGUAAGUAUCCGCUACACUUUUCUUUUCUUCUUCUUUUGCAGAGGGAAAUAACAACGGGCUAACCUCACCCCAACACUGAAGUUGAAAUUUUUCACUUUGUUCCUUUCUUUAGCCGCCCUGCCUUUGUUAGGAAGCUAAAUGUUAGCAAGCAGCUCGUAAGUCAACGCGGUUUUAUUUUGGACUAGUGGUGAUGUGAAACUUCAGAAAAGCUUUUAGUCUCCUUGUUAGGUGCUGCUUGGAGCACCUCGCUGCUCUUGCAAAAUGACAUUUAUCCAUUAGAUGAGUAGAAACUGUCACCCCCCCCCCACAGAGAUGCUGGUGAUUACAUCACCAGGAGCUUGUUAGCUAGUGUCGGUUGUACCUUUCACUGGAGUGAUUAAGCAGUCUGCUGCUUAUAGUGAAGGAGCCAGACAUGGUUUGACUGUCUGGCUGGAAAAUGGGUGGUUUUCUGAUGUGCAGUAAGGAUAUGUGUGCAUGGUAUCAAGGAGCAAUAAAUGGCCACGGAGCUUGGAUUUAGCAUUAAAAUGAUGGGAGGAAACUAUUCUACCAGAUGGGAGCAUGUAGUAGUACAGUGAUGAUUCAUCAGCAGACGAUAUGAUAGUACAGGCACCGGUAUGAUUCACUGCAGCAGCAUGUAAUAUAGGCUGGAAACUUGAACAUGGUCCUCCUCCUUGUCCAUGUAUUUACAUAGCUGCUCAAGCGUUGGGAUACAGGCAUUUAAUGCCUGAUUCAUGCCACAGUGAUGGCCAUUGUGUUGAGCCUGCAAACUUUGUAUUCCAAUUGACAGCCCAGAAACAUAUUUAUUACCCCAGCAGCAAAGGCAUCUCUGUGUGUGUGUUUGGACUACCUGGGGUAUAAUUAAAAUGAAAGGAGAUUGACAGAACAUGUACUUAGGAGGCGUCUGAAAAAAGAGACAAAACCGAAUUUCUGAAGCCUCUCUUUACGGUUCUGUUUUUUUGUUAUUCUCUAAUGACUUGAGCUAUUUCUGCAACUUUGGUUUUGGUUGCAAAUUUUGCCGAUCCCUGAUUGAAAAGUCCUUUAUCGGUAAGGCUCCAUAGAAUUGCAGUUGGGAUAUGCUAGCUCUUCACUUUCAGAUAUAACAGCUUGUAAUAUUAGUCCGCCUUGGGCAACGAGUGGGAGAGCAAGCAAGCAUGGUCUCCUCCCUGCUGGAUCCAAAAAUCACAGCCACCUCACAUUAGCAAAGUUUACCAGCCCUCCAGAAGAUGAUGUGAUUUUAUUAUUUAAAAAAUGCAGUUUCAGGAAGGGCAUUGAUAGUUUGAACUGCUGAAGACUUCAGCCCAGUAUUCCUUCCUAUUCUGUAUCAGAAGAUGGACCCACUCUAGAACAGCCAAUGCAAGCUUGCAUGUUCCUGAAUCAGCCGUGCUUUUUGAAAACGAAUUCCUUGUUGCCCUCUGCUUGUUUAGCCAUGCAUGCUGAAGUAUCUCCUUGGGAAAUAAGGUGGGCAUUAGAUUGAGGCCUAAGCAUGGAACCCAACGCAAGAAAUAAGGCAGUCAUCAUCUCAACCUUUUUUUCUUUUUUUAAAUUUAAGAUUACUACUACGUUCCCCAAAGAUCCAGUUUACACAUUUUCUAUUUCUCAAAAUCCAUUCCCUAUUGAGAAUCGUGAUGUUCUGGGAGAAACUCAGGUAUGUGCAAAUCAUAUUUGGGGUGGGAAGGGGGUGGGAAGGGGGGCGGCUUCAAACAAUUUAACUGACUUUAAUGUUUAGAGAUCAUAGGAUGUUGUGCAAAAAAACAGCAACAACAAUGGUUGGCUGCAGAUGCUAAGUAGUCUAAAAAGCUCCCAUUUGCAGUUGGUUAUUGUGCUGAAUUUGUGUGUGGGAGUAGCAGUUCUGUGGGGAGAAAUUGCACGUAAUCACAUAAAAUGUACUCUUAACUGUGAAGUAUGUACAUCAGAAGUCAGAACGUGGCUUGCGUAGAUGAUUGUAAGAGAAACGUUCCUGCACAAUUCCUCAUUUCCCCCUUAGAAACAGAAAUGUUGCAUUUUGCAUCCCAGUAAUAGGUCUCCCCAAUGCACACAAGUAUUUGUAGGUGUGUGCCCCUUCAGCUAUCCUCUUGCCUACUACUGCUUGGGCAAAAGGUCCCCUGCAGUAUAUGGCGGAAGGAAAAGCAUGAACACUGUGAAGAAAGAGCUGCGCUUGGGAGAGACGACACCCUAAUCUGCCUUGCCCUUUCUGUUCCUGCUGUUGACACAAUUUGAGCUUGUGCCUGUGGAACUGCUGGGUCUAGAAACAAAUAAGACUAGCUCAGCUUUUCAUUCUAGUUAUCCUGGCGACUCCUGUCAGCCAGCAAGGUCCACAUAUAAGUAAGUAAGUAAAUUUUUAUUUAUACCCCGCACUCCUCUGCCAAGACUGGGCUCAAGGCAGCUAACAUCACAUAUCAAAUACCGUAUUUUUCGCCCUAUAGAACGCACUUUUCCCCCUCCAAAAAUAAAGGGAAAAUGUGUGUGCGUCCUAUGGGGCGAGUGCAGGCUUUCGCUGAAGCCUGGAGAGCGAGAGGGGUCGGUGCGCACUGACCCCUCUCGCUCUCCAGGCUUCAGGAAGCUAUCCGCAAGCCGUGGGAGAGCUGUGCGAAGUCGUGCAGCUCUCCCACAGCUUGUGGAGAGCUGCCUGCACCCCGAAGCCUGGGGGCGUGCUGAGCUCAGCGCCCUUCGGGCUUCGCGCAGCUCUCUGCAAGCCGUGGGAGGGCUGUGCAAAGUCGCGCAGAUCUCCCACGGCUUGUGGAGAGCUGCCUGUUCUGGGGGCUGGGGUCGGGGGAAGCUACGGCUUCCCCCGCCCAAGCCCCACGCCUGGGGGGGAAAUAAUUUUUUUUCCUUUAUUUCCCCCCCCCAAAAAAACUAGGUGUGCCCUAUGGGCUGAAAAAUACGGUACAUUAAAACACAAUCAAACAAUUAAGAUACAGCUUAAAAAUUAGAAUCAGGAUACAAUUAAAUGACUGCCCAUGAAUUAUAACCAUAGGGGUGGGGAACCUCAAGUAUUCAUCAGGGCCAGCUAUCCAUGUUGGUCCUACAUGAGCUGAUAAAAGGGCCAAAGAGGUAACUUACAGGGUCCCAUAGAGGGGGGGGUCAAACUGGGCCCAGACUGAAGGCCAGGCGGAACAACUCCAUCUUGCAGGCCCUGCGGAAAGAUGUCAAGUCCGCAGGGUCCUGGUCUCGAUAGAGUGUUCCACCAGGCUGGGGCCAAAGCCGAAAAGGCCUUGGCCCUGUUUGAGGCCAGUUUAACCUCCUUGAGGCCCGGGACCUCCAAGAUAUUAUUAUUUGCGGACGCUAAGGUCCUCCGCGGGGCAUGCCAGGAGAGGCGGUCCCAUAAGUACAGCCUUGUGCAUGGAACGUCCUUAGUUUAAGCUUCUGGUUAGAAACAGUGAAUGCAAGUGAAAAGUAGUGUGUCUGUCCCUAGUUGCCCUUGGUGGCUAUUUCAAGUAGCUAAUGGCAGAUGCUUUUGAAGAAUACUGAGCAAGAUCAAGAAUGGUCUAAACUUUCUCUGGUGCUCCGUCCAUUCAUUGUUGUUUUUCUGACUGUUUUCAUAUCAGAGAGAGAACAAGUAGCUUAGUACAGAAAGGAAUUGCAGGUAUAUUCUGGUUGGGUUGGGGAUAUUACAGAACUUGGUGUCUUUUCCCCAAUGCACUUGUUUGACUUGCUAGGACAAUAUCGGCCAUUUAUUCACUCCUCUUGUUGAGAGAUCUGGUGUCAUUUCACAUCCCCUUAUUCCUACAUCUGAAUAAAAAUAAUUGCUCUCUUGAUUUGAGAAUGUGUCCUGGUAGAGCUUCAUUGACCAGAGUGAUUAAUCUGACAGGUUUUUAUUACUAUCAUUGUUAUUUGUUUGUAACUUUUUUAAUGGAAAAAACUCUUGAGUGACUUAACGUGAUAAGAUGCAACAGUUAAAAACAAUUAAAAUCGGAAAAUGUAAAACAAUGUAUCGUAUUAGAUAGGGGUAGAUAGCACAGGCACCAGCCGUUUUAGGCGCAUUCAGUGCAUGCGCAGCCAUGCACACAAGCAUCACCACAACCUGAAAAUGGUUAGAAAAGGAGGUAGGGCAGAGUGGGCUGGCAUGCGCUCCGUUGCUGCGUUUGGAGGUCAGGAACGCACACUCCUCCCCACGCAAAACAGUCAUUCCCUGUAGUGCUGCCUAUACCAACCAAUCCUAAGAACACUGAAAUGUUUAUCCUCUUUACAAUUUCUACAGGACUUCCACAGUCUGGCAACUUACUUGUCCCAGAACACAUCCUCAGUGUUCCUCGACAUCAUCUCCGAUUUCCAUCUGCUCCUCUUCUUGGUCACCAACGAAGUGAUGCCUUUAAGGGUAUGUAAUGAGAAGGAAGUUAAUUCUGGUGAACGGUGUGAGUUCUUGCAAAGAGAGCUCUGUAUAUUUAAGGGGAUGGGCACCUCUGGACUCCACACAGUGUACCUUGCUUGCUUGCUUGCAGAAAGCUACAUGCUUCUCUUUACAUUUGCCUUCAGGUAGUUUGGCAAAGCAUCUUUUCUCAGACACCACAGGCUGCCCUAUCUCUUGAAGUGCCUCUUCAAGGUUGGUGGCAAAGAUGCUCGUGGGAUUUAAGUGCGGCAGUCUCAGCUUGGCCUUUGUGUUGUUUGUAUUGGUGUGUUCUUGGACAAGACAAGAGCCAACUUGGAUGUUACACUGACAACUGGAAGCGCUUCAUUUAAUUUCUCUGAAUCAGAAAUUCCUGCAGUAAACCAUUGCAUGAUCAGUUGCCCAGUCUUACCAAGGCCAGCAACUUCCUGUGUUUGCAUCUCCUCCCAUGCCUCCGCCCUCUUUUUAUUGGCUGGGCAGCUGGCGAAUAUAACAUCUGGAAUGCUCUUCAUCCCCCCCCCAAAAGUAAACACCAAAAGGGGGGGGGUGGCCAAGCCCUGUGCCAUGUAUGGAGAACUGCAAUGAUUUAGCAUUUGCAGAACAGCUGGGUCUACCAGUAGGCAACUGGAGAGCAGGACCAGUCAGAUAUGCUUUGUGUUAGAUAACAAGACAAAAACACUGAACAAUGUAUUUACUCCCUUAUUAUUACUAUUUUUAAAAAAAACAAAAACCUGAAUACUUACAUUUAGUGCCAAAAAGGUGGGGCAAGUGUGGUGACAAGAUAGGCAUGUAGCCCAUAAAAAGAGGGAGGUACUUCACAUUUUCACUGCAUUUUGUCUUUUGGGGUUAUUUGCCAGUUUCUGAAUUGGGCUGAUGUAUAUUAGUGAGAGACAUGUACAGUAUGCGCACUCAGAAGUCUUAAGUCUGCACCUCUGAAGUGGCCUCUAGCGCCCUCUGCUGUUUGGAGCACAAGAUGUCCCCCUUCAGCUAAGUCAUCUUCAUACAGCCAUGCAAGUUUGCCACUUGCAUGUAGCAAGUUGUGGUUGCCGAAAAACGAAUGCAUGAAAGAAUGCAGCUGUACUGCAACCCACCAUUCAAACUCACUGCUGCCCCCGCCACUGCGGUCUGGUUCUUCUGGGUGCUGUCCUGGCUGGUUGAAGGAGUUCACACUGGCAGUUCCUUUCCCCCAAAUACAGCACCGUACCAUGCAGGGUUGUGUUUGAUGUGUGUGCGAUUCAUCUUCUUGUUUUAUAGCAUGAGUAGGCAAACUAAGGCCCGGGGGCCAGAUCCAGCCCAGGUGCCUUCUAAGUCUGGCCCGCGGAUGGUCCGUGAAUCAGUGUGUUUUUACAUGAGUAGAAUGUGUCCUUUUAUUUAAAAUGCAUCUCUGGGUUAUUUGUGGGGUAUAGGAAUCUGUUCAUUUAUUUUUUUCAAAAUAAAGUCCGGCCCCCCCACAAGGUCUGAGGGACAGUGGACCCGACCACCUGCUGAAAAAGUUUGCUGACCCCUGUUUUAUAGGGUUGCUGGCCCUUUAAGCUGGAAGGGAGGUAGAGAGCACGCCUGAGAUGGCACUGGGAUGCUGUUAGAUUGUUGGAAACUGAAGUGUAUCUUUACUGCCAGUCAACACAAGCUUUUCUGCUUGCCUGAUGAGACAAUCAGCCAUCUCUCCCCCAGCCCCAUGUGCUUCUUCUGGGACUCUUCCAACCCUCCCCCAGAGCCAGUUUGGGUGUAUGGGGAAAGGGCGGGGAGCCCCACUGUGAUAUUGGUGGUCUUUGUGGGGACGUUCGCUGGCAAGACUACUUAGCUGUGUCUGGCCCUACAGAUGUGUUAUUUGAAAGGAUGCCUUAUUGUUAAAUAAGCAGUCAUGUUACCACUAUGGUUGGUGGAUUUGGGGAGGUGGGGGCAGCUCUGGAGAAAAGAGAUUCUUCCUGAACAGCCCCACGUAUCCUUGAGGUAAAUGGGAUUAGCUGUGACCUGACCCAUCAUCUCUCUUCCAGGAUAGCAUCAGCUUGUUGCUGGAGGCAGUCAGGACUCGGAAUGAAGAGCUUGCACAGACUUGGAAGAAAUCUGAGCAAUGGGCCACCAUUGAACAGCUUUGCAGUAUGUCCUGUCUUUUCCCUUUGAUACUAGGAUUUGGGCACCUCUGCAGAGAUGCUGGAGAGCUUUGGUUUUAUCUGUUAUCAGAUCACCCAGGGUUGUGAUUUGGUGUCUGAGUUCCCUCAGUCACUUGGGGGCAGGGGGAGAUCUCAGUAGGAAGGAAGGGGCUUGAGCAAGGAUAGCAGUCUCCCUGGCCAAAGAAAAGAAAUAUUUGUGAAACAGUCUGCGGGCAAGCAUGUAAUCCUUGUGGAUAAACAACUCUGUGAACUUGAUCUAGUGCAGGAGAGCAAAUAAAGUCUCUCACAAAUAAUACUAUGAGGGGAUUCAAAGUUGUACAGACCUUGCAGAGGAAGAGAAAAUAUACUUGGCAUAUAGUAAAGGUAAAGGGACCCCUGACCAUUAGGCCCAGUCGUGACCGACUCUGGGGUUGUGGCGCUCAUCUCGCUUUAUUGGCCGAGGGAGCCGGCGUACAGCUUCCGGGUCAUGUGGCCAGCAUGACUAAGCCGCUUCUGGCGAACCAGAGCAGCACAUGUAAACACCGUUUACCUUCCCGCCGGAGCAGUACCUAUUUAUCUACUUGCACUUUGAUGUGCUUUUGAACUGCUAGAUUGGCAGGAGCAGGGACUGAGCAAUGGGAGCUCACCCCGUUGCGGGGAUUCGAACCGCCAACCUUCUGAUCAGCAAGUCCUAGGCUCUGUGGUUUAACCCACAGCACCACCCGCGUCCAGUUGGCAUAUAGCUCUGCACAAACUAGAGAAAGCUACCCUUUUCUGUAAUGUUCAGCUGAAAAUUCCCCCACUUUGUCAGAGCUUUCCUAACCCCCCCUCCUGAUUCUUGUUGUGUGUUUUUUUAAUCCCUUUUUCUAGGCACAGUUGGAGUUCAGCUUCCAGGACUCCAAGAAUACGGUGCCAUGGGUGGUUCGACACACGCCACAACCUCCGCCAUGUGGGCCUGCCAGCACUGCACCUUCAUGAACCAGCCGGGCACAGAUCACUGCGAGAUGUGCAGCCUCCCACGUAGCUAGGCCCCCUCUCGGCUUAGCAUUCGGGGCGGCCCUUACAGACCAACUGGCGGAAAUACAGAGGCAAACCCUUAGCCAGGCAGGGGACUGUUCUUCCUCCUGGGAUGACACACCCUGAGGGUCAGGGCAGGUGGGGGAGGGGUGGGGAGCGACCCACGUCGUGGGCACUUGGUGCCAUCCAGCGGGUGACAGCUUGCCGGUGGAACUGGAUGUUUUAGGGGGAGGGAUACGGCACAGCCCCUCUGCCUGGCGCUGCUGCCUUGUCUUUUCUUUGCUCUCAGUAUUGUAGAAAGCCAGCCAGUGGUCAUGUUUCCCUGGAGCUGCCGUCGCGCAACCCCGUGGGCACAUGGCAGUGUGGUCAUGCUGCGCCCGCCCCCCCAAUCAGCUUGCAUGCCACAAGCUUCCCCCAGCCUUAAGCCAGUCACAGUGAGGCAAGGCAGUUGUGUUGAAGGGGUCAAUUGGGUCCCCAGGCUAGCUUGCCUAAUGUUGCUCCCUUGACAUGCUUUUUGCAUUUAGCCCCAGAAUCGCUGGGUCCCUGGUGCCUGCAUCACUUCGGUCCAGCCUCUAAUUAGAGCUUCCAAAUUGAGUGACCUGCACUGGCAGAACAUACAGUUGCUUUGUAGCCCCCCGGCUAAGUCCCAGACCGACUAUCUCGGCUAGAGAGGAAGAGGAGGAGAGAACACGCUUCUCAACUUCGUAGGAUGUCUACAGUCGUCCAGCCCAGCCACAAUGGCCACAGAUUUAAAGAGCUCUAUCAAAACAGCUGUCUCCUGGUGCUUCUCAGCUAGAGCUAGGUAACAGAGGGCCGUUCUUGCCCAAAUCGGGCAGUGGGGACCAGCUGGCUUCCCAAACUGGAAGCAGGUCGCAAUUUGGCGGCAUCAUCCUGGCUGUUUCAGGGUUGGACAGGCAGUUCACGAGCAGUUUGCUUGCUCCAGAUUUCCAUAUGCUGUCACCCCUUUGCAUUUAAAGCCAAUUCCUGGUCUUUGUAGCUGUGAGCAGGCAAACCUCGCAAGUACCUUUCCUCGUGCCUGUUAGCGACUUAAAUAGCAUCCCAGCAGGGAAAGCUAAAUGGAACGUUUGUCGGCAUCUUGAAAGGAGCUUUGUCUUGCUGCAGCGCGAUCCAGGCAAAUUGCAGCCGAGGCGCUGGAAAUUCUCCUGCCUCCAGAACACUUACCUGCCUCCUCUUCCCAUAACCACAUUUUUAGCAGUGCCCUCGAGCUCCUCAUGUCUUUUGAUGUGUGAGCUCCUCCAUUGCCAUACAGAGAUGUGCUUUCAUUGUCCAAAAAUUCCCAGCAUCUCUGCCAGCCGUGUUAGGGCACAUUUGGUUCCUCUUGCACAGCAGUAUUUCUGCACCUAACUAGCCUGUUCAUCCCCCAGGCAACUCCCAUCAGUUUUAUAGCAGAGAAGCAAGGCAUUCAUGCCAUCCAUUGGGUUAUGGGGACAGAGAGCAUCCCGUAAUUUUUAUCUUGUUAGAUGCCCACCCCAGCAAAAUGUGCCUCCACCCCAGCUACCAGUUUUCUUUAUGGGCCUGUAGGCCUGGCUCCCAGACAGCUGCCAUGAGCGACGCAGUCUCUACCUUUCCAUGGCUGGAAAUACCUAGGGCUUUGUCUGUCAGGUGUUUGAACCAACACUUCACCUGGCCCUUGUUAUUGCUGACAGGACGUGAGGCUCUCUUCUUUCCUGGGUUUGUGUUUUGACUAGAUUCCUUGAGCUCACCGGGCUGUAGCUACUCUUGCUAUUCCUUUUCAUUCUAUGGGUUGCAGAGGUGUGUGUUUGGUUUGGACUGGAGUUGACUGAAUAACAGCCCUGCAAAUAAAAAAAUAUAUUAAAAGCGUCUGAAAUGGAA